AUGGAAAUAAUGAAUUCCAACGCCCCUUCGUGUCAGCCUGAACCGCACCCAGUUGACCUUCCAGAACCCUGCAGUAAACACCACUCCAACAGAUUUUUUGGACACAUUCAACGCAAACUCAGUGUCCCAUCACAACGUCUGCGAGAACAAGCCGCCUUCCUUGGCCGUCGGAGAUCAAAGAAGUUCAAGCAAGUAAACAAUCCUCCCAGGAGCAGCGAGUCAGUGUCUCUGGGCUUUGACGUUUGCGAGGAUAAAUCGUCCUCCCCUGACCGCGAAACAAACAGGAAAAGAAAGUACAUCAAACGACAAAGAGACAGUCCUUUUCCCGAAAGAAACAACCGAAUAGACAGGAUGUUCCAAGUGAUAAGGAGAGGCAAGAGCCUAGAACUUCCAGAGGAUGCUCUGGCGAAGAAUUUUCAAGAUGUUCGUGAAGGGACGCUUCCUGUACCCGGGAAGGAAAACAAGGACGCUACAUGUAAGUAUUCCUACCGGAUUACCUAUUGGUCCGUGCAUGCCAUAGGACAUGUUGAAUACCUCGACUUAAGUAGGCAGUUCAUUUUCAGUCACGCAUUUAGUCCUUAAACUCCAUAUUAUAAUUUAAGGGUUUCUGCCGCAGCUUGGGCUAUGGCAACAAAUGUCAGAGCACAAAAUCGUCUGCCUACACGAUGUCCUAAUUCGCCGCUGAGACAUGACGAACAAAGGGCCUCAAAUGUUCGCUUGAAAAUGCUUAGGAGUCACUCUAAUAGAAACUCGAGCUUCUGGAACCCUUUCUUGUACUAGCUUAGGUUUGUAGCAAUGACAACCAAAAAUUUGUUUUAAACAUUAUUUUCCGCCGACACUAACCCUCGGAGCAUUUGCGCUUUUUCACUAUUGAGCUUGCUUUUAAUUUACCUUCCUGGUCAACCUCCUUAAGUUCGACCAAUUUUGAUGAUAGUUUUAGGCACAGGACUUCCGGUGAGGUUUAGUAAACACCUAUUGGAUCAGUUAAGCACGUUUCUCAUAGGGCGCAUUCGUCGCAUGGUGUCAGGCGUGUUCCACAUGGGGCGUGUUAUUUAUAGACUUACUAGAUUACUUUCUGAGAGCCGGGUGUCGAUGUGUAGGAAAUCUCAGCAUGUAAUAUUUCAGAAUUGCGUUAAUGAUGGUGCAAUGAAAACUAAAUAGAACAAAUAAAAACAUUUUCUGGGCACGUUUGGCAAAUCAGAAAAUCUUUGACUGCGAGGCGGAGAAAAACUGCCUGGCUCACCCUCCGGCCGAAUGUCUGGCGGUCAUUUGUGUCUCAUUUGCGAAUCAAUGUACUUCAGAUUGCCCAUCUUAUGGGAUAAAUUACUUACCGAAACUGCGGUCAGCACCAAAUGCUCUGCAGACUUAAUUGAAGUUAUGAACGGACACCAGAAAUUUGAUCCGCGUGGUUCAAACCGUCUCUGACGUCUUCUGCUUUCAGCUCUGUCAAACAAAAGAUGCAUCGAGUGUGUUAGGAGGCUAAUGGAACGACAGACCCUAAAUGAAGUGGAACAGAGGAAACUGAAUGCAUCCCCACUUGAGGAAAAAAUCAUUCCUGAAGGGACAAGGCAAGCUUUCGGCAUUUACAAUGGAUGUUGGGUGAAGACGCACGAGGCGAUUCGAGAUCAGCUUUUUAUUUCCGGCCUCUUUAACAAAGACGAUGCCGAUCAGGGAGAGUUUUAUCUCUUCUACAAAAGGGUACGUUCUCCGAUGUUCAUUUUAAGCUCCGAACGCGUGUGUUAUGCCAUAGCAUUUUUGAAUAAAAAUAAUCAAGUAGUUAGGGCUCGAACACUUUUUCCAGACCUACAAGCCCCUUCAACAUACAUAUACAUGAUAGAUGGUUAUACCAUACUCCCGACGUAAAUACUAAUUAAAAGCCCAGAUACGUGUUUAGCCUAUACAUGUACAUAUAUGUGCGAAUUUAAGGCUCUUCAUAAGGGGUGUUAGUCAAUAUCAAUCAUGAGUUUCUGAAAACAGAAUUGCAGGAGGUAUUGUGUAUUUACUCAACUCUUUGCAAUUACCCCAAAGCAUAUAAUCAGCGUCAAAAGACGGGUAAAAUUCAGACCUUCCGAAGAUCACUCCUGUUGAUUUUCUUGUCACUGUAGCAAAGACGAAAUUCUUCGGCGUCCACCUCAAUGAAAUAAAUCACUAUCCGUGCCUACAUCAACGACAAUUUCGGAUGUGGAGCGAUUUGAUGGCGAUAUCACUCGGGGACAUUUGAUAGCACUAGAAUAAUUAGGUCGGACAAGGGCAUAUGGACCCCCCUAGUACUACGAAUGAUUUUGCGCUUAAUUCGAGGGGGUUCUAUUGCAAAAGCCUAAGCCGAGAGUUUGACCCCGCCUACCAGGACCCUCAGGUUCGGUACCGAAUGGAAAGAGAAGAUGGACGCCAGUGGGGAGGAUUGUAUAUUCUAUAUAGAACAACUGGGCACGUCUGACUCGGCCUUGAAUCUUAUUGGCCAGUCGGAAAGCCGAGCGGCUGGACGCCAGACAGGCCUGAUGCGUACGAGCCCUGCGUUGAGACAGGCUUUUGGAGUAGGGCCGCUACAGUUCCACUUCCCCUAUCCAAACUUUAGUACUGAUCCCUAAUACUGACCCCGGGUCUAACACUAAACCUGACUCCAAUACUAGUCCUCAUAACUCCUAAAUUCAACUCCCGCUCGUACUUAAGGUAAGGCCGUCUGUAAUAGGGUCGGGGUCCAUGUUUCCCUGUCCAACGGAAUUAUUAUCCUACUAACCAACUUGUUUUAACGGCCGCUGAGGCCCAGUAAUAUGUCAAGGAGUAGCUCAAAAAAGAAAUUAUAACUUUUCUAACAGACAACGGACCAUAAGAAUUCCCUACGCCUUUUACUUGAGAUGACCCAAAGGUGAGACGGUUUAGAGAAAAAGAGCGAUGCAGGCGCUUUUGUCGGGACGUCACGAAAACGUUCCCUACCGAGAACGCCGGGAAGGGAUUUCGAUGCAUUGCGAAGAUUUUACACCAGGGGAAACCAAAUCACCCAGGGUGGUCUUCUCACAGCUGAAUGGGUUUUUAACUUUUUUAAGUUAAAUGUACCAUUCAAACAGCGCAGGACAUUUUACUUCCAUACAAACUUGACUGUGUGCAUCUCCGGAGGGUUUAAGAGAUUUUUCAAAGAGUUAGAAGGAGCUCGAGCAUUAUGUCGCAGCUCGAAGAGCAAUAAAAGUACAAUCGAAUGCGAUUUCUGUUCUAACUUGACAAGUGCGAUAAGUAGUGGUGUGAUGAAAUCACUUCGGAAAAAGCACUUCCGCCUGAAUGGAUAUUUCGCGUUUAAUUACCCAGCCUAAAAACGACCCCAAUGUACUCCAGUGGGUAAACAAGCUGUUGAUUAUACUUGUGAAGCUGUUCUCGGUCGGAAAAUUCGAGUUUUUGACUCUCUCACGCUAAGGCUCCGAAUGCGUCACGUCAAUGGCGUCGUGCUCAAUGUACGCAUGAACUCGCCUGAUAAUUUAAAUUCCAACCGGUCGCCGCAUUUCGACAAUUCUGGUCCGGCAUGGUGUAAUACAUUGACGGCAGGUCGCAGUUCUGGGCAUUUAACAAAUAACGUACAGAGGGAGUCCGUGCUACCGAAGUUUUUUUGGCAAAACAUUGAUGGUGACGCAAAUUCGUUGUUGGAACGCUGACCAUCCUCUGGAACAUGGGAAAAUUAUAGAAGGUCGACCCUCGACUGAAUCGAUUCCCCUGCAGAAAAGCUUGUGAUAAGUGUUACAGGUGACUUUGGAGUCAUUUCCUUUCUAACAGAUGUGUCCGCUGGUUCCGAAAUAAACGUCUGCCCUGACAUGGGGGACGAGCUGAAAGCCGAAUCUUCAAUUUUGCAAGUUUUGUCCUAUAUUAGUAGCGCGUGCUACUCCAGCCUGAGGCAACAAUCUGAGACCUCCUAGUUGAAUCGAAUUAUCGGCAGUUUCGCAGGUGUAACACACCUGCUUCUUAUCAUACUGCCAGGUCUGGCUAGGCCGUGAAAAUAGGAAUGUACCUACUGGAUACUUUUUUAUAAUUGACUUCGAUGGUAAGUCUAAAGCCAAAGAGUUAAUAGUUUCAUCUAGUAGGUGCUCAGCGAAUCUUAGUCCUUCGGACAAAAUAUCAGUGUCACCUCUUUAAUCUCCUCAGGUAAUAAUAUGUUGACUGUGCUAAAUGCAUCGGGCCAAACCUUUUCAGGCUAGUACUUGCGCUGUCUGAAAGGUGGAUUCUGCAGCAUUGGUAUCCUGACAGUUCAGCCGUUGUUUACAACGAUUUCCACUGUGUACUCCACAGCAGGGUGGGAGCAAAGACAGCACCUCGUGCGUGAACUCUUUUGCGCAGCAUCCUCCGCACUCUAUCCACCCCCAUCUGGAUCCGGUAUCAUGACAGAGCCAAGCAGAUCAGAGGCGGGAGAGGACGCAGGUGGCUGGCAUGGCGAAGAACCGAAGGAAGUGCUUCAAGUAAACACAUUAAGUUCUGAGGAAAUUAAAAAGUCGGCAUUCAAAGACUGGCGUUUUUAUGCCAGUAUGCAAAUGGGAAAGGCUGUAGUACUCACUAACGAGCCGAACUCCUCUCAGUUCUGUGCGGCAGAAAACCGGUAAAACACGUGGCUGGGCAAUUAGCUAGUGCCUUUGCUUCCGUGUAUGGCGAAUUAUACAAAACAUCAAUGGUCGAAGAACUCGGAAGAGAAGGGAUCUCAAAGGUAUAUUGUCUGAGUUUUAAAAGUCGCAGUUCGUCCAGAAGAGCAACAUCGAUUUCAACCAAUCCGCACAUGGAGAAUUAAGUGAGUCAAGACUUAAAGAACUUUUGUGCUACCAUUAGGCAGUUCUUUCAUAAAGUUUUGGCUGUUGCAAGCAACCCUACCCGCCGCGUGACCCGCGGAAUUCCGAGGGAACUAGUUUGUAAUGAGGCGGACUUUCGAGGUGUUUACCGCACUCUGUCUUCCCUCACUAACUGUGCCUCGAUGUCAAUGUACUGGCAGGACGAUCAGAGGUGGACUUGGCGGUAAGGUCAAAGCACAAACGGAAAUUUUCAAUACAGGCAAAAGUUAGGGAGAAUGAUGUAAGAUGUUAAUUUGCGAUGACCAAUGGGCGACAUAGGAAUUCUAAAAAUCGGUUAAGUCGCAAAGCAGAGCACUUUGUCUUUACUCUGAAGACUCGUUCCCUUCGACAUCAAAGUCCCUACCCCGUACAAGCUUCGUCAAGUUUGCAUAAAACCAACAAAACGAAGGCACCACAGUUUGUCAAAACAGACUUUUAUUUUGACUUCUUUUAAAAUAAGAUUUUGCACUACCUCCUCAUUCGUGAUGCCAUCUUCUCCCUCGACUACGAGCCAACCUGUCUGUCGCGAAGUCAGCUGACACCCAACAUCAGGGCAACUCUAUUUGACUGGAUGAUUAAGGUGAGUUUGAUGCCUUCCCUGGUAUCCUGACCAAGAAGCUUUAACUGACUUAGCUAGACUGUUUAACAUUAUGAGACGCCUUAUGACCCCGGCAGAUUUAUAUGGAUAUAUAUUAACUGAAAUCGGUUUUUGCUAAAUGGGUGAAGGUUCCAUAGUUAUAAAGCUAGAUCUUUCAGCUGAAAUUUCGAUGUUAUUGGGUAAAAUCAUCGAUUUCUCGCAUAAGAGGACAAAGUAUGACAAACGUAAGUGCAUAUGGGGUCUUGACAUAAAAUGGCUAAACGCGAUUAUCUAUAAAAAAGAAUCGUCAAACGAGGUCUAACAAGCAAUUACUAAGUCACUCACAUCUUGUUGAAACUGUCCAAACAGAAAAUGGAGCAUGGUCUCCAUUUUGCUUCAAAACCUGUUCAACUCAACCCCUCCCCCCCCCCAACAGUUCUUGAAGUCCGCUUUAAGUUGAUUCUUCGACAGACAUGUCCCAUUCAGGAACUAAAAACACCCGGUACCUCUACCCAUUGAUGUUUAUUUGCUUAAGAUCAGGCCUCAGAGACCAGCAGAUCAUUGUAACAGUUCGACUGCCCAUUAGUCACGAUUUUGUCAUCCACACCGUAUGUAUAAGAGAAUUGUCAUUUAACAACACCUACAGUGUUUCGAUUCACAUGUUGCAGGAAUCGAGUAGAGAGUGUCCCACUGUGUGACUUGACACUCUUGUUUCCAACAAAAAGACCGAUUCCAAGUUUCUAUAUGAAUCAACACUUCCCCCACACAUUACCCUGCAGAUGUCAGACUAUUCGCCCAAAUCAUGGUAGUAACUUCUCUAGUCGUCUGGACUAUCCACAUUUUAUUUGACAUCAGAGAAUACUACUUUGUGUCAUUCAUCAGUCCUGGUACUGCGACUUGCAACCCAACUCAUUCGCUGUUUUUGGCUGUAGUUCGUCGACGUCAGUAGCCAUCUAAACUUUUCAUAAGCAAAUACCGGCGAUCUCCUCACGAACCAAUGACAUGCGGUUGCUUAAAACUGAAGCGCCGAAUCCUGUCUGUUGGUUCUCCUCCUCUGCCAUCCGUUUAACGUCCUCUUACAGUAGAUUACAUGAGAAGCAAUAUUCAUCACAGUUUUUAAUGUCUUAGGCCGUCAUCCCACUUCUUUACUGCUGAGAUUCAUUACACGUUUCGUUAGGCUCUCGCCUGGUCGAAAAUUGGGCACAUUGGCAUCACUGGUUUUUAGGAAAAAAUUCGAUUUCUAGCAGUGGUUUAUCAAAAUGUUGCUAAUCUUCUUGUCUGCAGUGGCAACCAUUUCCACUCGCACACAAAUCAACAUUUGAAUUUUGGGUAAGAUGUGGUUAUGUAGCCCCACCUGAUGGGCACAAUACUGUUGGGGUUGGGGGUUAGAUUAGGAAAUAGGGUUAGAGUUAGAAGUUAGGGCAACUAUUUCUCAACCACUCAAAGUACAACCGUACAUUCCCACUACCCUUUCUUUUGCAUACAGCUGCUUGACCUCGUCGCCUGUGCGUUCCCCGGCCCCACCUGUUAAAACCCCUACUACCACCGGUCUUGUAUUACUGGUGGCUGGGGUUUGUUUACCUCAGGUGGGACUACAUAACCACAUCUGACCGAAUUUUGUCCCACAUUUUGACCGAUUACCAUCAUCCGAGUACGGGGCACUGGGUUUUCGCCUGUGAAACAGAAUGGGCACACGUUAGGAAAGAGACGGCUUUCUGGCGGCCUUGAGUCGCUGUUGUGACCGCUUGUGAGGAUCCUGCAGCCACCACUCUGAGGCACAACAGUAAAAAAUACAUCAUUGCCUCCCGUCGGCCCGCAUUUCAUUCACCAACGUAGCUUGGCAAUGCGUCCAUGGUGACCACAAAUGGCCUGCUUGGCGAUGGUCGCAGUAUCGCUGAGCUCAACCUAAAUGAAUAUCAAACUCUAUGGACAAUUUGCAGUUAGCCGUCAAUGAUGUGGGCUCAAUCUAGUAGCAAAGGCCUCCUAUCUUGAAAGAACUUAUGAAAUCUCCUGGAAGGGAAAAUGUGUACGGUGCCCUGAGGUCAGGCUAUGACCUCGUAACAACAACCGUCACUGACAGCAUGACUCCGUCUUUGUCGUGUGCUGCUGCUGACGCGAGCACUACGGCAGGUGACGCAGAACUGGGUGGGGACACCGUGGUGCCUUAUCGCUGACUUCGGAGCAAGUUCAACAAGCACCAAUAAGGAAAAAGCUUGUGCUGUCUUGCCAGCAUUCAGAUUGACCCGAUGAAAUGUCCAUCUGUUACGUCACCGGAACCCCUGAUCUGGCAGCAUCUGACCUGGACCCAUGACUUGAGUCAGUCACGUGAGUGAAAGUCCUGAUUUUGAGGUCAUGUUCUCCAUUCAGGACGACUUCGCGUGAUUAAAAAACUUCCUUUGCAGACUCCCUUAUGGUAUAAAAAAAGUCAAAUCCAACAGGACUGGCAUGGAUUCUUCUUUGAUAAGGGGGAACGUGGGAAAGCCUGAAGCCAGAAAUGUCAAUCAUUGUGUACUCCAAAAUUCUUGAAUCGAAGACGAACCUAUUUUCUCUUUGGCUCGGAGUUCAGAUGCUGUGACCUGCAAAAUAAUGGAGUGCAACCCCAUAUUUACCUUUUCCUCGCAAAAUGGCAUCAAGUUCUAAAAAUUGCUUACAUUUUUAGCUGAUAAAUCCAAGAGUAGAAGAAUUAGGCCCAAACGUUCCACCAUGUUUACCAUCUAACAAGAUGAGAAAAAAUCUUUAAAAGCCAAAGUAAAUGCCCCUUUCAGCAGCGUUCAGUCAGUUUGACACGGGCAAUUUCCUUUUUUGAUCUAAAAAGGUCCAGCAGUAUCUCCACAUGGGAACGGAAUCGCUUCAUUUGGCAACAUCACUGGUUGACCAUUUCGUCUCUCGCACACAAAUUGCGGAACACAACUAUCAGCUGGUCGGUAUUACGGCGCUAUUUCUUUCUGGCAAGAUAAAUGAGAGACAGGCGGCCUCCUUGCGGACCCUCUGCUACCUCACAGAGCAUUCCUACAUCCCAAAACAGGUAAUCUCUCCUUCCCUUGAUUCAGAUGCGGUCGAAGAUUCUGACGGUACGAAUCACGACAGGCAUCAUUUGUUGAGUUUCAAUGAACCAAAUUCGUAUAUGAGUUAAUUACGGAUCUUUCCGCCUUCCUAUUUAUGGCUCGGUCGCCGAAAAUUGAAUUUGUAGAUGCAGGGGCACGUGAUCUACCGAUCAAAUCAAAUAACAAAUAAUACUUUUAUCAUGUCUACCAAGUAUCUAAGGCAAAUAAUGUUCUGAACAGGCUCCUUCCUCUCUCUCUCUCUCUCUCUCUCUCCUGAACUACUUCCUUUGGAAAGAAGAAUAGGACUAAUUCCACUUGUUUGAGUCCCGCCAAAAUAACUAAAACGUCGUUCAAUGUCAAUAGCCGCUUUUGGCCCAUUGAGUUGGACAGUAUGUUUGCUUAACUAUGAGCUGUAUUUUUUCGUGAUAAACUAGGUGAGGGAAACGUUCGCUGCAUUUAUUCGGGACGCUUUCUUGCCCGAACCAUUUAGGGCGUGUUCCUGACGCAAUUAAGCAAUUGUCGAGGAUUGAUCCCCUGAGCUUAGACCAGCGGCAAAAAGACGGAAAUAGAGGAUUUCAAGCAUUUUAUGUAUUCAUUCAAAAAUGUUGCAACCGAUGAUCUUCAGUCAAGGGAAGAUGGAAAGCUUGUCCGAUAUGCCACGGUCUUAUUUACCACCGCGGCUCACCUCGUCGGCCAUGUACGCUGUAUGCAGGGAACACGUGUAUCAUGGUUGCUGCAUCGAAAGGUCGCUCAAAAGGGGUGUAGUGAACAGUUAGUAAAACAUAUCAUCUACUUAUUUGAAUUGCACUACAUUUCGAAAUUCUACUGUGCCUUUGGCGUAGCCGCAACAACUAGGCGGUGUCUAUGCUUGGCGCAGUCUAAUUCGACGGCAUUUGGCCCAAUUUGAAUACUGUGCUCAGCGUAGCAGGAAAACACGCUGGUCGCACUAAGUUGAACUUUGUUUUGCCGAAAAGUAGUUCUGCUGGUCCACAUGCACAUGUCGCAUAAACUGGUACCUGCGGUGCAUGCAUCAGAAUCCUGAUACCAUUUUCCUUCGAAAGUGAUCUUCAAUUAAAUUAAUCUCAUGUGGUCACAUCGAAGAAUCUUUGUCUAACAUUUUAACGCACGCAGACGACUAACGAUCUUUCAGUAUAGUUUUCAGAUAUAUAUAUAUAUGUAUUAUGACAAAGGGCGCUCACCAAUCAGGUUACGGAACAUGCUCGUUCCGUUGUGCCUUGGGGUUCAUACUAGAAUCCUCGCAGGCAGUCGCACAGCAACUAGUAGUGGACAUAGAUGAGACGGUGCCGACAAAGACAGGGGCGACCGGAAUGGCCAUUUCUGGCUUAUUAGCCGUCAUCAGCCAGUCCUACCCAACACCAAGUGUAGAUCACUUGAGAUUCUAACCGGGGAUCUUUUGGUCAUGGAGUUUGACACUCUACAAUUGAGCCACGGCCCGUUGUCCUGUCAGUUGUGAUCGGGAAUAUCAAUUAUGACAGUGGGCGCUCACCGAUCAACUACUACUAGUCGCUGUUCGACUGCCUGCGAGGGUUCCAGUAUGAGCCCCAAGCACAACGGAACGAGCAUAUUCCGUAACCUGGUCGGUUGUGUAUCGUUGGCUGUUUCGUACUUUUCCUUCCACGGUUAGACUGGGAAAAAUAAUUUGGAGGAACUGGCCAUUGAGUCAUUAACCCUCGUAUUUCAAACUUAUAAAUAGUUUUCUUUUAAUGGUUCUCAUGAACGCAUUUGGGGGCAGUGCCUUUUUCUUCGAGACCUCCUAGUAAAAAUCAUGAGAAAAUUUAAUCAUCGGAGCGAUGCAGUUUGGGUAACGAUUUUGUUUUUACAAAAUACCUUUUAUCCAGUAGAAAUUAUUGGAAUACUGUGGUGUAGACAUCUUUCUACUAGGUUUUCUUAUUUAUUUCGCAUAAAUAAGCCACUGGAGAAAUCAAAUGUGGGUUAAGAGUUUUUCCGAACCGAACGGGUCGUGCCAGACAAAAUUAAGUUUCUGCUCACUCAUCUUUGGCUAGUAGGUUUUAUCUUUGUUGGAAUAAUCGGGGUUGUUUGCUGAACGCUAGUUCGAUGAGAAUGUGCAUGGGAUGUUUACUAAAAGGGAGAAUUUGCAGCAGGGAUUGGUAAACGACGGUGGUCUUAUUGAUUUUGGACGGGCAACUGCCUUCUCGCACCACUUACCCACGGCAAGUGCAACCACAGCAGGUUAGUCUUUUCCAAGCCUGGUUAACCCGCAGUUCUCCGAUGAGUCCUUGCAUGCGACGAUUUGGCGAUGGGAUAACUUCCUGUAGUUCCAUGACUGAAGUUAUCGGCGUAUCUACUCACCCCUCUUGGCACACCGAUCCCAGACCCCAAUGUGUUUCCAGAGGAAGAGCAGUAUUAGGUAUGUUGCAACACCGUUUUGGUUUUUGGCCUCUUUAUAAGUAACCGAUCCGAACGGCCGAUGCCCCGUCGCGCCCGAAGGUGAUGCAGUUCCACUAUUCACCUCUUCUGCCUACACCGUAGUAGUUGCAGCUGCGAUAGCAGGCGUCGUAUCUCACCGUGGGGCCAAGAUAUUUAAGAUGGAAAGUCGGGCGAAACACUGUCCCAGCACAGUGGGACAGAGGAAGGAAAACGUACAGUAAGCUCUCUGGUCCGAAGUGUUCAUCAAAGCACCUACUGCGUUACAUAACGAAAAACCUUAGGCGUAAAUUCAACCCUGGAUUCUGAAGAGUCAGAAUAAAUCCUUCUUGCGAACCGAUGGCGGGUCGGACAGGGGAGUGAGUGGCCCCCGUACUAUAGGUGGCCUUACGCUAAAUUCCGGGUGGGGGUUUGGGUCAAGGCAUGGGAAUGGGCAUCACCCUGUAAGUAAACUUACCACCACCUGUCAUGCGGGAAUCACCUAUUCCCCUGCCCUAACCGAUAGUGUUUGCCCAUUAGCAGUAGGCACUGAGGUGGGAGUUUGGGUCGGUUCUUUAUGCUGACCCAACUCUGACUAGAGUGUUGGCUGUACUAAAGCCUACCUUCUGUUGUUGUGUGUUCAAAUCUCAUCACAGCGCCGAUUUUUUCACAGUUAAGUCAAACCGAACUAUUCGAAACCUGCCAAAACACCUAACAAUUAUGUGAGCUUGGUAGUCAUCUGGUGAAUUCUAAAUGGAUUGCUUAGGGAACCCUACUUGGGCAUUUGGCUCACUGUAUCAGAUUCGGUGAAUUGCAGAUGUUACAGUAGGUUGGGUGGGUAACUUGGCCCAGAUGUAAUUAAACUCACGGCUACCGGUGGAACCUCGUAUCUCAUUGGGCGUUGGAUGUUAUAAAGCCCUUCUCUUGCUGUUGUGGAUUCGAAUCCCACGGAGGCGUCGAGUUUUUAAAAGUUGGGUCACAAUGAACUAACCCACAGUGUUUGCCCGUCGGUAGUACGCGCUGACGUGGAGUUUGGAUCAGUUAUCCGGUGCCCCGUAUAGAUCUGUGCGCUGCUUAUCGACUUCCACAUAGUGGCCAGGGUCAACAAAAUGGAUCAAUGCAACACUUAAGAUAGUCCUGGUCCUGACUUAGGGGAGUCAAGUGGGAUAAACUUUAUCUAUCUUUUUGCAGUGGUGCUUAUCCCGUCAACUAACCUAACAUGCCCAACAAAAAUAAGGGAGGCAGUUAAUGCCUAUAGGUGAGCUCGGUAGACGCAACUUGUUCUUACCUUAGAGUUACCAUAUACACUGAUCUUCAUUGAUGUAAAAAAUCGGCAAUUAUACGUUAUUCGUGGGAGGAGGAUGAUAAUGCGGAAAGUUAUUUCCCGCCUGUUCCAUAGUUUAAACAUUUUGACUUUUUUCUCUCUGGGUUGUAGGUUCUGGAAUGGGAACAGACGAUGUUGGAAGUAUUCAAUUUCGACCUGCACGUACCUCUACCGCAUCACUUUCUUGGGAGCGCCCUUCUGUCUUGUGACGACCUUCCUGAGCAUUGGCGCGAACAGGUUAGUUUACCUCAAACUAUUCGCUCAAAUUGAUGCCACUAGAGGAGUCGUGCUAGCAUACAGACACGCCUUAGACGGGAACUCAGCUCACGUUAGUCGCUGCGUCUAAUCCCAACACCGGUCGGCACACCUGUUCGAACUGAUGAGUGGCAGAGGAAUUAAAACAGCAAGCCUGGCACUUGGGUACACAUAUGCAUAGAGGCUCAGUUGAUUCCUGACUAAAAUGCACUGGCGCGCUAGAAACCAUUGUUAUCCGCUAAAAGUCCUGGUUUUGAAUACUGGCAGAUCACGAGAUAGCUGGUCCCCACUAGAGGGAAAUUCUAACUGCGACUGCUUCACUUUGAUGUAGCCUUCAUGCCACCCCUCGCCUUCGUUAGAUCCGGCCCUGUGUGUGACGGAGGUUAGACGGUGGCUUUGUUUCGCGUCAGCCACUGUACUCAGUCCCAGCUUUGGUUGACCUGACUCUAGCCGACAGAUUAUGCUCGAAUCCUGAGCUUAUUUUCCUCACUAUAAACAGCCAAACGCGAUUUCAGACAACCACGACGCCCUAGCAGUUAUGUCAUGCAAAGUUGCCAACAGACGGGAUAACUUGAUCCGAGUAGGCCGUGCUGGACAGACAGACGUUUACCCCUCAGGGAGGCCGUUGUGAUUCGCUCACUUAUUUGAGAUCCAAGGUCCCUCCUCCUUUUAAGCCUCCAUCGUGUGCAGAUUGGAGUCAGUCCUGGGUCACCCACACAGACGUACUACGUUGCUUUGUCAGUCGUUGAGGACAUGCAGGCCUCUAGUCGCCUUGACGUUGUCUUGCCACUAGAAGAUGUGCGUAAAAAGAGUGACCGAGGUAGAUUCUGUACAAGUCUCGCUCGCCAUCAAUAAAUUUACGCUCACUCCCACGCGGGUCCCUCGACGGACUGACGAACCUCUUCAGUUGCAGAAGUCGAACUCGAGCACAUAGAUGCCCCAGUAAGCUGUAUGUCUAGCCAGGUUUCUGUUUGGGUGGCUAUCUGCAAUGCGCGCUUUCAGGAAGCAUGUUAGUGAGGCUGUUGGCGCAUCAGAGGAAUAAAAUAAACUUUGGCUGUCUAAGACAGAAUGCUUGCAGGAAAACGGUCACGUUAACUAACCGUGCUAUCCGUAGUGGGACAUCGAAGUCUGUCCCUCAUCGAAAGUGUAGUUACUACUUUAAUUGAUUCGACUCCAUCAACUGUGCUUUGUCGGCUGUUCCUCAAAAAACGGCGGCUGGAGUUACGUCGCUCAGACAGAUUCGGUUCCGUUAAAUACUUCAUUCAUUUGUAACCAGGACAUUACUUCCCCUACUGUUCGGCUGCUUUAGUCGAUUAAGUCAGACUCUUGUAAGAUUAGUAGUCUGAUUAUGGCAAGUGGAAGGUAACACAAUAAGCAAUCUUCUUUUGCGACUCAGAUUUAAACAGCCGAAUGCUCAUUUACAUGCAUGAAGCCAUUAUUCAUAACUUUUAGCAGUUGUCACACUGGUAGUUUCCAUCAUGCCUAAUACUUAAGUGCGGCAUUUUACUCAACUACACUCAAUUAUUCCUUCUACUUUCAUCGUUAGGUAAGGUUGAUCUGCCUCUAUCUCUUUGAUCUCGGUUUAACUGAAUUUGAACUGAGCAAGUACUCCGCAAGUCUCAGAUGCGCUGCUGCCCUAUACCUCGGCCGACGCCUCCUCCUGGGCUUCGGUGACCUCAUAGACAGUAGAUCCUCCCCCUCGCCGGAAUUGGAAAACCAUGAGACCAUUAAGAGGCCUCCGCUCUGGAGUCGGAAGCAGGCAGAACUGACGGGUCACAUAGAGGAUCAGAGGUUACGGCGAGUGGCUCUGAUCUACGCGGCUGCUCUGGCAAGGAUACAACAACGGUUCUCUGUGUCCCCCACGGGCGACGACUCCCGAUUGACAGUCAACGUGACUGAGGUAGGCAUUUCGAAUUUUAUGCAGUUUUGCACCGGUAUGUAAAAUCAAAUGAAAACACCAACCCGGAGGAUGUCUUCCCCUUGACUAGUGUCUGGGAUUUAAAUUUGUUGAAGAAAAUCUGGCGUUUCAUCGUGCCUUGCAAGGCAGUGCCAUUAGGAUGAGCAACCAGUAGUCUAGAGCUUUGCUGCAAAAGAUCUACUGGGAUAAAAAUAUUCAAGGGUUUGCUUCAGCGGCUUCUGCCCAAAUUCGACGUCUAGCUGGAUGUCCAGUUGUAUUCCGGCGUUGAUGAUGAAGCCUCUAUGUCCUCCUGUACCAGAGAUUGACUAUAACUAUCGUAGUCCGGAGCUCCAUGGUACACGAGAACGUCCGUAUGAGGUCCUACGGCCGGACAAGAUCUGUGACUACCACGCUCAGGUCGCAUACGAUGGAGCGUGAGCUCGUGGUUCACUGGUAGAGCGCUUAGAUGUCCACCUUCUCACUGAGAAGCACGUUGUACGUCGUCUAUUCAGGCCUCCCUUUCUUCUUUGGCAGACACUGCAACUAUAAAGGCCCUCGUUGACGGGGAAUUUGAAGGUAGAUUUUGGUGUGGGAACUUACUGGGAAUUGUACCACAAGAGAAUUUCGUUUGCUUCCCCAUAAAUGUACAGGUCCUGCUCUUAAACAACGAAUAUAUUCGCUAUCACUUAAAUUACAAAGACGGGCAGUAAUAGUAAAAUAAGUUUGUCAACCUAUCCCCACGUUUUAUUCUUGUAUUAAGGUUUGCUGUUGAAAUUAGGUCUUGUUCUGACAGGUGAGACUCUCAGGGACACGGAAACGCUCGUGUCGGCGCCAUGAUUUGACAAGUUAAAAGUGCAUUUCGAAAAAAGACAACAUGGUAGCCUAGCAAAGUUGGGCCAAAUUAUUCCGGAGAUCGCAAAUGGCUUUAACAGCUCGGUGCUUCCGCUUAUACCUAUAGCCCCAUACAUGUAUGACCUUCAAACCCCUGACCCACGGUUUUAAUUUUCACGAUGGUCGUCGCAUCAGCCCUCGGAAAAUAAGGCUGCCCGUUGGUUUUUUGGUCUAAACUUUUGUGAAAAUUAUUUCAUGGUAGAAGUGCGUCCAUCCACCGCGCUAGGGGAUACGUUCGUCCUGUUGCGCCUAUAAUCUCAUUCAAGAGCACUCGCAGGCGGUCGCAUAGCGACAAGUACUUAUGUAGAUUUGGGAUUGCUGACUCCAAAACCUUACCUCUGAAGAACUUAAAAAGUGGAUUUUUACCCUUUAUUACGACACUCAUCAAUUAUCUAUCAGAGAUCACGUUGGCACUUAGUUUCAUGAAUACGGUUGCGCUCCGACAAGGAAAACAGAAGUUUCCCGUGAACUGCCUCAAUGUUGGUUUAUGCCAGCGAAUAAUGAAAUCCGAAAAAAGACAAAAUUGCAAGUAGUGGACAGUCAUUUUAAAUGACAACUUUUAUGCUGAAUUGUGACUUGGCAAUCGAGUUUUGCAUGAGUACUGUAACUUUGAGGUCAUGCAACCUGAAAACGCGUACUGAGACUAAACUUUUGUGACGUCAGUUCAUUUUCUCCGUUCAUGUUUGUUUACGUCUGCUCCGUUGUUUUAGGCUGCCUUCAUCAAGUAUAGCAAUCGACACUACGGGCGUGUUGCUCGUCUAUCGCAACUGAUGAACUUUCGAUACUCUCGGCUUCUCGAGGAAUUGACUUUGGCCUGCUAGUACUGACUGCGAACUCUCUUUACCUUCUUUUUAUGUUCUUUCAUACUUUUUUUUACUUUUUUAAUUUUGUGACCAUACGGGUAGCAUGCCCGUACUAUCAGUGAUUUCAUUUAGUAAGUACUGCUUGACAUCGAUGCACCUCCACCCCUAUGAACAUUUUUAUGCAUAAAUUUUCAGAUUACAUGUGUAAGCCCGACCAACUCACAUUGACUCAAUACAUUCACGCAUUUAUUUUAAUUUCAUGGAAAACAUUCCGUUUUCUUUGGCGUCAGGCCUUGAGACGGAAUUUCGGAUAGGCUUCAUGUGUUCUCGGUCUUCAGACUUUAGUGGAGUAGGUUUUGAAUAUUUCAGACGAAUUUUUUUCGGCAGUCUGCAAAACUCAAGGCAUUGGAAGACUAUAAAACCUACAAACUCACUCUGGUGCAAGACGUCUAAACCUUCUUGUUAUGCGUUGUGUUAAGUUAUCCUUUGAGCCGUAGUGACUCCAUUCGGUUUAUUCAAACAUCUGGUGUCGUUACUUCAUUCGCCUCCGAGCAAAGUAUAUCGCCAUUUUUGCAAUGAUUCGGCUGUCUCCACCGGCCAAACUAUCUUGGACCGAAGUAAGAUAAAAAAAGUGGCAAAGUAUGUAUGCGAAAUCGAACGAAUUGGGCGCCUGUCUUGUUAUAGCCGUCUUCUUCGAAGCCCUUCCUCUCAAACGUACUUUGUAUGAUCGCGCAGUAGGUAAGUCAGUAGACUGGAAUGUGCGUCUUCCUCUUUUGGGACAAAUGGUCCGGGUUUGCACUUCAACUCACUGAGCCCUCUGAAAGCACAUUGUCUUAAUCUACCUGAAAGAAAUUGCACAUAAUUUAUGAAACCCGAUAGAGGGUCGAUAUGCUUGAGCGAGGCGCACUGACUACUUGGUGUUUGGCUACACCAGGAAAUUCAAAUAAAAUCCCCAGACCCGCUUGUGAAAGUGCUUAUUGCCGCAAGAGGACAAGAUGCCAAACGCCACGUUGUAAGACCGCCAUAAAAAAUACAGCACUUCGUUGGAUUUCUAGAAUCGCCGAUUGCAAAAGCCUAUGUUCGAAAUGUGAAAGAUAAGGUAUUGUUUUACCUAACUACUUUAGUGGCAUUCCCCGAGUUACCACGUUCUUGACUGUUGCCACAAAUGAGAUUGAUUGCUGUGGCGAUUCAACUAAACAACAUGGUCGAUAUGCCUAUAAAACGGAAAACUUUCGGUCAAGGUAGUCAAGGCAGGGAUUUUUUAGAAGUCAAACGAGUCAGAUUGAAGGAUCGUAAUUUUGUUUUCGAUAUAGGCUUUUAACGAUAUGUGGUGUCCACAUUUGUUUGAAGUGCCAACCAGUUAAUAAGUUUGUCUCGAAAAAUUAAUGUCCUUUCACAGGAUUUGUUUAUCGUGUCAAGAUUUUUGAUUUUUGAGAACUGCAUUUCUGUAUGGCAUAACUAUAGAAUCACGAAAACCAUUUCAUGCGUGGAGCACCUUAUGAGAGCAAAAGCAGUGGCCGAGAUCAGGGUAUGCAAAGGUCUUUCAACAUGCUACUCUGUCGGGCUUGUAAUUUAAAACCCCUGAACUCAGAGUGAUAACCGAGAUGUUUUCUCGGUUGUCAGCCUUCACGAUCAGACGUAGGGCACUGUACCAAGUAAACAUUUUGAAUGGAAGGAAGACAUAACUGAACUUGACCCAGGUAACAGAGGUUAUGUUGACGGGUACGGCUUAGUUUCAAAAAGAUGGUAGACUCUAUGAGGCAGUUCGUCUCACUCACUAUGUUUCCGAUCACCAAUUCUUCAGUUUUUACCACAGAAAUACUAUGCAUUUUUGGGAACGCAUUGGGCUCAAACGGAAGUGUUAUUAUUGACCCGCUGGUGAGCAAGGAAUUAAACGAAAGCUCAACGGAUCCCUAAAUCUUUGGAAUGAGUUAGCCUCCCUCACUCCAGCUGCUACAACCUGGUGAUUAAGAACACACAAACAAGGCAAGGUUCCUUCAUUUCUCCACAGAAGAACUGCCGACCCCACGCGUCGGUGCUAUACCCUUCUUAGAAGACAUUAUCCGAAGAGAAUUAGAGCCAUUUAACGAAUCAAAGUCGCCAGGACCAGACGGGCUUCCCCCAAGCUUCUCAAGGAACAUGCCAACGGCAUUCUGUGCCUUUGACAAUGUUCUUUUAAACGUCAUUUGACACUGGAAUACUUCCUACCGAUUGGAAGCUGGCGCACAUUACUCCGCUAUACAAAGGACAUAGCCGGGCACCGACGACAAAUUAUAGGCGCAUAAGCUUGACAUGUAUUCUCUGCAAAGUUAUGGAAAGGAUCAUAAAGAGGGAACUGAUGGAUUUCCUGGAAGUUUGCGGCUUGCUAUCGAAAUGCCAACAUGGGUUCCGAAAAGGAAGAUCCUGCACGACAAACUUGCUACAAUCUUUCCAGAGCUGGACUCUUGCUCUGGACGACAGGCACGCAGUCCACGUAUCUUUCAUUGACUCCCAAAAGGCGUUCGACAUUGUAUCACACCAGAGGCUGUUACACAUACUAAAAAUAGGGAUCGGUGGAAACUUUUUCAAAUGAAUCGAAAACUUCCUUGCGGGUCGACAACAGGUUGUGUGUAUCGGUCAAGGGAACUCAGAUCCUGCUGUGGUCGAGAGUGGUGUCCACCAGGGUUCAGUGAUGGCACCCAUUUUUUUCCUCAUAUAUGUAGGCGAGGCCGCAAGAGCUUUAGACUGCGAAGUAGCAAUGUUUGCCGAUUACAUGAAGAUAUGGAGCGUACUUCAGGACCCUGCCGACGAAGACAGGCUGCAAGUGAACCUAGAUCGAUUGGAGGAGUGGUCAAACCGUUGGCUCCUGCGGUUCAACAUUGGUAGAUGUAGCAUACUUCGCCUACGCAACACAGCCAGGUCCGCCAGUACAAGAGACUAUUUUCUGAGCGGUGCAGCUGUACAAGAGGUCGAAGCGCAUAAGGACCUCGGUGUGCUGACGACGAGUUCCCUAAAACCACCCGCUCAUUGUUCAAGAGUGGCAAAAAGCGCAAUGUCCGUACUGUACGCCUUUAAGCGUGCGUUUAUGGAUUUUGACGAAGAUGCUUUCUAAAAGACAUUCCGAACAUAAGUCCGGCCGCACUUGAAAUACGGCAUACAAGCCUGCUGACCGUGGGGGCUGAGGAUCAAAACCGCCACGAAAGAGUUCAGAGGAGAGCCAUGAAGAUGGUUAAGGAUCAAAGCUCCUUUCCUUAUCCAAUCCUAGUAAAUCUAAACCUCUUCCUUUGAGUUACAGGCAACUAAGCGGGGAUCUUUUGCCAACAUUUUGGAUGGUGAUGGGGUUUGAUUGCAGCCUUGUCUUCGAGGACUUUUUUGAAUGUGUUACCACGACCAAACUCCGAGGUCAUCCGUUUAAACUGCGCACUCAGCAGACAAGGCUGGAUGUGCGCAAGUUCUCCUCUGUUCGACUGGUCAAAUCAUGGGCUGCCCUUCCUGCAGAUGUUUUGAUGUCAUCGUUAAUACAAAGUUUUAAAAAGCACCUUGACAUAAUUAUGUUCCGAAAUGACCAAGAGCGAUGAGAAGUCGAGCUCAUUUACUGUAACUCGUUCCCACUUUGUCCUACCAUUAUGCGCUCGUUUAAACUAUUUCAGCCCAGAAGAUUUUCCUGUAAACCACACAUUUUCACUUUGCAAAUAAAGUACUCAAAGACUCACGUCUAUUUCCCUCAACAAACAGAAUUAAUGUUCGAAAUGUUUCUCAGGGCCAAUGAUUCUAUUUGCAUGGCAAAAUGUUGGAAUCAGAAUUAUUGAACACGAAUGUGAUCGCCAUAAAAUUUAAAAAUAAAGCACCCCAUCAGGAAGUACAAUGACUGCAUUCGAAAGGCAGCUAGAUCGCUUGAUCUUAGAUAAACGACAACGCUCACUGCAGGACUAUCUGCCACCAGCCAUGAAUUUCAUUCCUUGACUUCAUCCCUAUGUACCACAUUACUGACGUUUAAUUAAAUUUUCCCUCUCAUACUAUGCAACUGACUGCUCUUUAUGCUUUACUGGACAGCCAUAAUGGCUACGUCGCGCCUCUCGCUAGCGCCUGCACUUACGUCCUAGCGACAGCCUGCUAUGGCACGCACGUCUGCCCGGCUUCGAUUUGUCUCGUUGCAAUUCUCUGCCUGCACCACGCGAGACUUGUCACUACAUUCGCUGGGCAGGGAGCCAAUCAACGCAACUCCUAUCGCUGAUUGGUAAGACAGGCGGGAACAGUCCAGAACAAUAGAGUAAACAAUGUGCAACGAAACUUUUGCAGCGGCGACCUUCGGUGGCGCAGGGCUCGUCGCUCUCGCAGACGCCGUCUCCGCGGCGCCGGACGCAUCCUCGUCCGGUUGACAAUUUUCCCCUUCACUAUUCUGCACAGAAUAAGGUGUCCUAACCAAAUGGUGUCCUGCUUCUAACAACUUAAGAUAUAGCCUGAAGUUGUGGCGUACUGAGCGUACACAAUCACCGCUUAGCAGCUACAAUGCCGAUUGUAUAUAAUUGCACUUAAAACUUCAUAUGCACAUUUAAAAUACCGCCUGCCGCACAGCAGUCCCGCACUGUAAAAACGGUUUCCGCAAACAAGUAUGUUACCGGCAAAUUUUUAAUACGACGUCAUUUGACAUUUAAAGUGUAUGUACCGUUUUCAAUAGGGUCAUCAAGGACAUUGUUCAAUACCCUAAAAUACACUGUAUAUAUAUUCACUCAGGAAUGGGCGCAUACCGAUCUAUUGGCUUCCCGAAGCAAACAAGCUCUGUAUGGGUAGCAAAGGUCACGAACAGGCAACCAAUUACCAGGCCGAAGUCGGCCAAGCUAUGAUAGCAGAGGGGAGAGGACAGAGUCUGCGGGGGGGUAGAUUGAUACAGCACUGCUUCGGACUUGUUUGUCUUCAUUCAGACAAUCAUAACCCUGACCAUCAGCUGAUACGAGAAACAAACAUGCGCACAGACGCACCUGGCGCAGUUGAUCCACCAGUUGACCAGUUGUUUGCUUAGGGUAGCCAAUGGAUCGGUGUGCGUCCAUUCCUGAGUGAAUAAAUACCCGAUCUGCAGCGACAGAUAAUGACAGGUGGUGAAGCACUGAUGAAUUUCGGUUGGAUGAAGUGCUUAUGACCCAUCUGGUAGACUCCAGUGGUGGACCAGCCGCGCCAGGUGCGUCUGUGCGCAUGUUUGUUUCUCGUAUCAGCUGAUGGUCAGGGUUAUGAUUGUCUGAAUGAAGACAAACAAGUCCGAAGCAGUGCUGUAUCAAUCUACCCCCCCCGCAGACUCUGUCCUCUCCCCUCUGCUAUCAUAGCUUGGCCGACUUCGGCCUGGUAAUUGGUUGCCUGUUCGUGACCUUUGCUACCCAUACAGAGCUUGUUUGCUUCGGGAAGCCAAUAGAUCGGUAUGCGCCCAUUCCUGAGUGAAUAUAUAUACAGUGUAUUUUAGGGUAUUGAACAAUGUCCUUGAUGACCCUAUUGAAAACGGUACAUACACUUUAAAUGUCAAAUGACGUCGUAUUAAAAAUUUGCCGGUAACAUACUUGUUUGCGGAAACCGUUUUUACAGUGUGGGACUGCGGUGCGGCAGGCGGUAUUUAAAUAGGCAUAUGAAGUUUUAAGUGCAAUUAUAUACAAUCAGCAUAAAGAGCAGUCAAUUACAUCGUAUGAGAGGGAAAAUUUAAUGAAACGUCAGUGAUGUGGUACAUAGGGAUGAAGUCAAGAAAUGAAAUUUAUGGCUGGCGGCAGAUAGUCCUGCAGUGAGAGUUGUCGUUUAUCAAAGACCAAGCGAUCUAGCUGCCUCUUGAAUGCAGCCAUUGUACCAGAUGUCACUAUUUCACUUGGGAGUGAGUCCUUACUGAACAAAUAACUUCUGCUUUAACGAUAAGUACUGUUCUAAGCAAACCAGGAGCCGUUUAUAUCCUGGAUAUAAGGUGUGGGGCUACCAAGGGUUCAGACCUCUGACUAAUAGCAGCUAACCGGCCCAACCUUGAAAAAAUCGACGGCCUCAACGGGAUUUGAAACCACGAAAGCACGAACCAGACGUGAUUACGUCCAGCAUCAAGCUUUCAAAUGGCUGAGGCUUUAUGGACCUCAAAGAUUUGACUGGUUUGUUUAACUCUGCAAUACUCGGUAUUCGUACCAAAAUAAUCCUCUUAUUGGUCAGAGUCUUUGAGAACCAAAAUUCGUGUGGCAUGGCGCCACACUACGUUAUAAGGUCUAGCAUUUCUGAACUCCAGCUCACAAGCAUAGCUUUAGAAUCUAAAUAUAUGAUACUAAAGCAAUAAUCUUUGCAUAUGGAAUUGCAACCGGAGAACAGGAAAACGUCGUAAUAACAACGUCCGAGACAAAAAAUCUUAACUUGUUGCUCAUUCAAGGGCGCUUCGGUGGUCGGCAAAAUUGUUUUCAAAAUUCUCUGCCAAAUACCAGCCUCAGAAUGCCGUUUUGCUAACUUUAACCACAAAACCGGCCGUUUUAAAAUCUGUCAUGCGUACAUAAAUGUGACGUAAGUGUUGUGACCGGUAAAAAUGUCCAUGCCCGCUGUAUAUUUGCUCAAGUAAUUGCAAGUGUGGGAUAGUUUUGCUGCCGGCUUAGUACGAAGAAAGUUUGUCAAGGGUAAUUGUUCGUGAAAAUUCCGAAGGAUGACGCCAAAGCCGGCCAAAAGUCCAAAAAACUCUCUACUUGACGUUCUGAACUCUAUUCACAGACCUCGAAACUCUGCGAUACUCCACAAGUCUGCCGACUUAUUCACCACUUGGGUCGUAGGUCUCCAUCACUGAGUCAGUUGUCGCUAUGUAAGUAGCAACAUUUUCGCUGACAUUUCGGCCAAGGUGGGGUACUGGCGUGAGCACUAUCAGUGCGUUGCUAACUUCGGGGACCAAUUCAUUGUCCCUCCCUCUUCUACCUCCUAGGCAAUGCCAUACGAUUAUCGAAUCAUGCACGAAGUUACCGAUCUCAUUUAAAUCUGCCUAAUAAUACGAUACCCACCAAAGAAAUAUUUCCGUUAAGGUGCAUAAGUCCUCAGUCAGCGAUGUCGAUGUGUGCUGUGCCGUAGCACUGACCAGAAAUCAGGCGUUUUAAUACUUGAUCACGUAUUUCCCUAGUACCAGUAGACGCACAACUCUGUGACAAAUCUCCAGUCCCAACAAGAAAACAAAAAAAUUUAAGAAACAAAAAGUUCCCUCGUGUGAGUCUUAAUUCGUAAAGUUAACGGUCAGCAGAAAUCGACAGACAGGUCGACAAAGAUACGUACCGGCGGCCAUUCACGUAUUACCUCCCAUGGGAGACAUCUUUCCCGUCGUAAAAGAAGCGGUUAUUCGAGUCAGUAAAGUCGACCGGACGUCACGAUGCUGCAAAGCGUCUGUGUGAUGUCACUUAAACCUGUGCGCCUUCCGAGGCGUAGGAGUGUCCAGUUAGGGGUAAGGCUUGUAGGAUGUGGUAUAUGGCGUCCGUGGUUCGUCCAAGUGGCUGCUCCGCGCGGUCCUUAACUGUCACCCAACUCUCAGCUGCAGCCCCCUGAAGAUGCACCGGGUCUAGCAUUGACAUCCCGGUAACCGACUUAACCGGCGGACCAAACCAAAUGAGAAUACCCGGUGUUGUGUCCCCACACCCGAUAAUUCGACUCCCCUUAGCAUCCCCCUCCUCUAUUCCACCCCAAAUUAUUUCUACGAGACAACGACAUGCAAUCCCGCACUUGGACGCGGAUAGCUCAGAUCGCUGUCCAAUAAACAAAACCGUGACCCACAUCGAUGUUACCAGCAGCCAUCAGAGGUGUCUUAGCAGCCAUGUUUAGGGAUCAAUCCGCUAACUCCUUCAAGGGAAUGGAACCAGAAAAUGAGUCGAAACUAAAUGCUGGGAAAUCACGACAUCUGCAGGCGUUCCGCGACUUGUAGCUGCAAACCUCACGGUCAAAAAUAAACACAACAGAAAAGACAACACAUGCGUCAUUGCCCGACUAGACGGAAGGCGACACUGGCGCUUCAAAGUGGGCACAGUUGACCUCAGCACGACCCGAUUAUCCAAACAUUGCCAUAUGGGGGUGGUGGAUGCUGGCUACGCCUUAUUCUAUAGCGACGACCUGAAGUCGGCCUACAAGGCGCAAACGUCCACUUUGCCAUCUAAAACGACCCAGGGAAAUAAUUUUCGUGUCAGCCGCGGUGCAGUAGUGAUAACCUGGAGAUCAUAAACCAGCCUAUUUUUUGGGAGGGGGGAAGUAAAUGUGCCACCAUCGUCAGCGCCUACCACCCUCCACUAAAAAAACACCAAUGAGGUAAAAAAAGUUUUCGAAGACCUGCGCGGGGCCCUGGCGACUGCGACAAAUAAAGACAAACUGGUGUUUUGUUGAAUUUUUGAGCUCUUCGCGUGUAUUUCUGAAUUCAACCAACUCCAAUACUGGAAUAGCCACGGUUCCCUGUCGAAAAUGCCAGCGCGGAAUAAAUUUAUGUUAUCAAUCGCACCGUCCUAAAUCUUCUCACAUUUGCACACUGUCAACACCAAAUCUGGUUUGACGCUGAUAUUUUAAAUAUCAACAGUCCGCUCACUUAAAAGAAUAGGCUCCACCGAGCACAUACAAACAGCCACAGCGGCCAUCAUUGACAGCCGCAGUUUGAAAAUUAUUUAUUUGCGUCGGCAAUAGCUCUGUUAAUGAUGUGAAUCAUAUGGAAACUGUUCAGAAGUAGGCAGUUAAAAUUUUCUCAUCAUUUGGACCAUACCUGCAAGGGAAAUUAAAAAUGAAUUCCAACUCCCAUAAUUGCAGCGGCAGUGGCAACGUCUAUAUAUUAUAUGAAAAGAUAAAUCGCGUGACAGAAGAUAUACGAUCUGACCUGACACCCAAACCUCCAACGUCUUCACAAAAGCAGAUCCACUUUUAAAAUCGUGUAAGGUGAUAGUUUGGUUACUAGUAACUAAUGGGAACAGUAGACUGCGUUUUUAAAUUUAAUGCGAGAAUACAAUUAUUUUCACAAUUGAUUGGCUCAGUAUAAUUUGGCGGUGCAGAAAAUAACGCUUGCCGGUCUACUUAAACACAUACGGUAGGGCAAAAUUACAAAGAACGAGACCAUAGAAUAGAAAAUAUACAGCAGUCUACAAAGUUCAAGAUGCCAUUUCACCCAUUUUCCAGAUUUUAAUGUUGCUACAGUUGAUAUUGAAAACGUGACAAAAUAUGGGGAUUACGAUUUACGGUUCAGGUGCUGUUAAACUUAUACCGCCAUGGAAGCUUAAGUUAUUCUAGAAGGAUGAAAAUGUGAAGUCCGCAUUAUAUUCGUAUCUCCAGGAUGUCAAAUAGUUGCGACUCAAAGUAGAUUCAUCUUACUAUGUGUGAGAUCUUACUGCAAAUUCUUCAUUACAGCAUGGGUCGAAGUAAAAUGGUAAAGCAAAUCGAUGAUUUCCAAAUCAGAAGACAUAGAGGACAGAGCCAUAGAAUAACCUUUAGGGAGGUGAGAAAGCAUACGUACAGUCCAAGGGCAGUGGGAGCAAUUCUUUUUAUUAGUCGUGCCAGCCGUUCAAACUAUGUGUGUCGGUGAGAAGCGUGUACAUGUGCCCGGACACAGCACGUGUGUGAACUGUAAACAGUAAUCAAAACUGCAGGCCGAAAACAUAUACGAGAAAAAACUAAGCCCUAUUUCGAAAUGCUGCGCUUUUAUUAGUGGUGGAAAUAGAUAAUUGGAAAAAGACAGAGUUACGAAAACAAAAUUCCUCUCCCAUGACAGCUUGUUAUAAAACCUAAGGAUCCUUUUAAAUAAUCUCUAAAAAUUUUAAAUUGGUCUCUCGUGAAUGGGUUUGUAGCCCGAGUUGCUUCACGUCCAGGAUGGCGCGGCUGAAAAACAAUUUCCAGAUAUUUGUCGCGUUCGACUAAAACAGAUUUGGGUGCAAAAACGCGAUUUAUAAACCUUCAAAAUCAGCAGUAGUAACUGGCGCGCUAACGGCACGAGCUUACAACGACGAUCCGAUGGGUUUUAUAUGACUGCCUAAAAAAUACUGUUAACACAGAGGAGGGAGGUGUUGACGCAGACCAGAACGACUUACGCGCAAUAUUUACGAUUCCAUAAAAUCGUGCAAACUAUAGGCGUCUUAUAUCAGAAGUGUUUUAAUCUGGUUCUCUUGGCCCAUUUAGAAUCGACGGAGGACAACACGACUAUAAAUGACUUUUUAAAUUUUGUUUGUGUCUCGCCUAUUCCUUGAAAUUUUAUGCGCUAUCUUCGGGACCAUACUGCGGCUCCUGUUCAAAAUUAGUUAGAAAAUCGCUCACAACCUCCACUAAUACGUGGUUUUGUCUCCAUAGUUAGGAAGACAGCAGUCAACGGCUUAACUUACAACAAGAAUUUUGAUGCACUAGACUAAAAGUUGGUCUUAACACCCUUGUCAUGGAAUUCAGGAACUCAAGUUGCCCAAUAAGCACGAGAAAAAAUCCAGUCUUCGCGUAAAAUAUUUGCGUGAUGACAUUUCUGGUUACAGAAUCUUCUCGAAUUCUAAGCCUUCUUUCUAGUGAGAGCAAAGCAAAACGACGAGAGUCAUUAGAACAAAUAACGUCCGAUAUAGAUCAAAAUGUCCCAAACGCCAAAAUACCAGAAAUCGAGAUUUAUUGUUCCUAUAUCGUUCCUCAUGUUGCGACUUCACUCAGCGAUCCGGUAGAGAGUCACAGAGAACGUGCUGUUCAGAUUCUGUUUAAGUUAUGUGAUGCAGUUGAAGAUUCUUCCUGCUUUCUUCCUCAUGUGAUGCCCAUACUAGUGAAGAGGUUCACCGAAAAGGAAUAUGUCGAAGAGGCGGAAGAAAUUCGGCUCUGUUCGCUGAAGCUCCUGCUUAACCUACUGCGCAAAAUCAAAAAGGAUCCCAGUUAUACCCAAGAUUACUGUCUUAUCAUACAAAACGCACUGACUGAUAGUUAUCCAGACAUUAAAAUCAUCUGCUGCGACCUUCUUUCGGAAUUAUCAACAAAGUUCAGUGCUGCGUUUUACCGUUCCGCCGAGCCCAUCUUGAAGCCUCUGCUCAAAAACAUUACUCAUCAGCAGCAUCGUGUGAGGUUGGCUACUGUUCAGGCGGUCGGAGCAGUUUUCGCCCACUGCGAUGGGAAGUUCGUCGAUUACACUAUUGCGCCCCUUACACAAAGGCUCUUCGAUGCCAGCAUUCCUGUUCGAAAAGCUGUAAUUAGUGUUGUUGGCGAAUGGCUUCUUAACUUAAUGGACCGUUAUUCCUAUCACGGAAAACUAGUUCCACUCAUGUUAAGUGGACUAAUCGACGAAUCCGAAGAAAUACGGGACGAGGCUGAAGGCCUUUGGUUCGAUGUUGGUAUAACAUUUUCGAAUUACUUAAUUGUGUAAAUCUUAGGCCUGAAAUACCAGAAGGAAAAUGAAGAUCAAUUAAAAGAUAAGAUUGAUUUUGAUCCUGGCGUCCCGACCUACUAUCCGGCGGACCAGAUGCGCCCAAAUUUCGGUAAGCGUGCUUUUUAAAUAACGCUUGGUUGAUUUAUUCAACAAUUUUCCCAAACUUCACCGCCUUUGCAAACCUUAUACAAUCAAGAUUUUGAUCUUUGUCUCUUUUUUAAUUAACCUGAAUGCCCUCACUAUUUGGACAUUGUUUCCAUUUAUUCUUUCUGGUCUGCUUCGUGGGCUUCCUCAUUAUCAGCAAGACCUUACACAAGCAUAAACGUCUAAUCCUAUAGUAGGGACGACUAAAAGCAGCAUCACUUACUAGUGCUCCUGUAUUCCUGGCCCUGUUAAUUGGGCACAAAGUUUAAUCUUUGUUGAUUUGGCCAGAACGUUCGGUUGUAAUUAAGAGAUUUGCCAAAGCCAACGGCUUUUAUUCAAGGCUUUGGCGUUAACAGUUUUCAGAGCGCCCGACUCAUUCCAGACUUUUUUGUUUGAUAGAUGUUGCCAACUGGUUUUUCGUGUCUUGUUGGUUCUUUGCCUCUGCGUUUGAGGCAAUACUGGUUAACCGUCCUUCGAAAUUUACAGGAAUUUAAGAACAUUCGUGCUCCCCUUCUGCUCAGUUACCACCAUUACAGACUUGGUUUCAUCAUCGUAUUGUUUUUUCAUAUAGUCUUUAGGCAGUUGCCGCUUGCCUCAUUCUGAUUUUUCUAAUGUCUUUGUAUUUCCACCAUAGGUUGCCGUGAAAUCAUCCACAGAACGGCUUCAAGAAUACUUCCGGGUCUGUGUAAAGACCUGUCUGAUUGGCAAGAAGAUACACGCAAGAAAGCAUCUGGUCUGCUUCCGAUAUUACUUCUGCACCUUGAAAACGCUGUUACUCAGCAUACUCAAGUUCUCAUAUCUGGAAUAUCCGCCGGAGUUGCGGACGGAAUACAACGAACCAUCUCUACCAACGCGGGCGGUGGUACGAUCUACCUUCUACUAAUGUGUCCCGAUCGCGGUCUUCCUAACAUAUACACACUCACUAGCGAAACUUCCUCCGGUACCUCCGCUAAUACUCGUGAUGGGGCGCCAAGCUCUGAGGCUUCAGAAGCUCUCCAGGUCCUUAAACAACUGUACCUGUCCACCCGUUAUGUCAGCUGCUUCGUCUCACCUAACGUACGUUUUAGUUCUCUUUCUUUCAUUGGUACUUUUCGUCGGGUUGUAAAAGUAGUUCAUGUCCUAGAGGAUUUUGCAAUCUCCAAAAGGUAAAACUUCCGAUGGGUUUUGAUUCCUACUCUUGAGUCAUCGUGGUCUUCGUAUCUCUGGCUGUUCCUGACAUGUCUUUAUUUGCGACCACAUGCUUGCCAAAAUGUUAUAAGUGCAAUAUACUGCUAAAAUCCACGCCUCCAUACACGUCCUUUACGGAGUAGCAGGAAAACCUUGCCAGUUUUAUCCCAUCGUUCCGAAUUUAUAGAUUUCAAGUGCGUUCAGAUGAAGUCUUGUUUUCUAAAAAAAAUUGGGCUUUAAGCCUAUGUGUUUCCUCCACGCGGUGCUUUGAAAUUCUUCCCUCGGACUGAAUGUAUGCGUGUAAGCCUUUGUUAUUUGGAAUAACAACUAACUUCUAUCGGUACUGCUAAAUGGUCACCCCAUGACAGUAUUUUGUGAUGCAACUGCAAUCAUAACGUACGUGACUGGCUCGGUCUUCUCCCGUCCAGUCGCUGGGACUGAGUACCGGGUAUCCAAAAACUAUAAUGAACAGUUUAUCGACGUUUUAGGCCGAGCUCUGGAGUGUCAUUAUGGCUGAAUUGUGGACUCAGGUUGCUUAGAAUGUGUCCAAAUUACUACAGUAGCCUUUUUCCCUGAACUCGACUUCCACCGGAUGUUUCCACAAUGACUGUGGACUCUUAUUUAAGGCAACGCCGAUACAUUCCACGCAAAUGAUGACUCAAGACAUAGUAGGAAAUAUCCAGUUUUAAAUCGCCUUUUACAUGCAUAACCUAACAGCCAUCAUCGUAGUAGUGGAAUGGCCGGCUCGCGUGACCUUUGUCCUUUUCUGGGUCGACGUACUUGUAGCGAAAUCAGCAUGUUUGUUGGUCUCUCUCACGUCUGUCGGCGGACUGAUCAGUCUUUGUUUGUGUGGGUUGCUCUCAACCUCGCGGACGCAUCGGUGAAGCAGCAUUCGGCGUUGGUAACGUGACCUCCAGCCGCCACCCCUCUUUCCGUGAACGCCAACUCUCGAUUCCAUGUGCUCGCCUGUCCUAUUGGCCCUGUCCAAACUAGUCCGAGCCUUGUACGUAACCCCUGGUAGGCUGGAGGCAGGUCCAAUGCUCGAUUGAAUGUGAUAGUCGAAGAUCAACUUUUAACGCAGGACCCUCCGUGGCAAUUAAAAAUCCGCGAAACAGAGCCUUGUGUUUUAUGGUUGUUUUUAUACAUUUUGAACCCUUAUAAACCCACGCUCUUAUAAGCAUUUUUCAUACAGUUAUGCGGCAUAUCUCUUCAUGUUCUAUUGGGUAUUGAUUAAGAUUCAUGGGAUUUGUGCGUGUAAAGACACCAUUUACACAAUACUCAAGUAUACAUAGCGUAUAUCAUUGGGGAGUUUUAUUUAAUACGUAACACAGUUCGAACACGUCAAUACAUUCCAACAAAAUAAUUUUAUAUUUACUUUAUUUUACUGCGCUUGUUUUACUCACUCGGUUAUACUAUAUAUGUUAUGAUAAUUCCUUUAGUAUGACAUCAGCUGGGCAAAACACUUAAAGAGGUAUUAUCAGAGAUAAAAGAUUCGAUUGUCCGCUGAAAUUCGCGUACCAGCAAGAAAUACGCAAUGUAUAUUAAGAUAUGCUCGCAUAUUGAAUUCACGAUAGCGUGAAACCACGAGAUCCGGGGCACAAUAUGGCGAGGAGUUACUGUAUGAAUUGGUGUGCGCCCGUUGCUGCGGAAUAGACACUUGAUCUGCAGCGGCAGAGUAUGAAGGGUAGCGAGGUACUGAUGAUUUCGGUCGACGAAGUGUGUAUGACCCAGUUACUAGGCCCCAAUGAUGGACCAGCUGCGCCAGGUGUGUGCGCACAUGUUUUUGUUUCUGGUCCCAGCUGGUGGUCAGGGUUAUGAUUGACUGAAUGAAGGUAAACAAAUCUGAAAUAGUUCUGAAUCAAUCUACUGGACUCUGUUGUUGCCUCUCUGCUAUUAUAGCUUGACCCAGUUCUACGUGGUAGGUGGUUGCCUGUUCGUGACCCUUGUCGCCCAUAGGAAGCUUGUUUGCAUCAGGAAGCCAGCGGGUCGGUGUGCGUCCGUUCUUCAGUUAAUAUAUAUAUAUAUAUGUUGGUAAUAACAUACUGCCUGUAUCAUGCGUUCCUGUGCGGCUGCUGGUCGGGCUCGAGAGAGGGCCCGUAAUGCACAACGGAACGAGCGAGUACCGUAAGAUCGAUCAGUGAGCGUCCCCUACCACUGUAUAUUCCCGAUCAAAAACCGACAGGGCAAUGGACUCGUGGCCCAAUGGUUAGAGGCGUGGGCUUCUAACCGGUCUCGAGUUCGAGCCUCGGGUGUUCCACACUCCGGGGUUGGGUAUAACUGGCUGAUGACGGCUAAUAAGCCAGAAAUGGCCAUUCCAGUCUGCCUUGUCUUUAUCGGUAAUAAAAUACUGCCUAUAUCAUGCGCCGCUGUGCGGCUGCUGGUUGGGCUCGAGAGAGAGUCCGUAAGGCCCAACGGAACGAGCGAGUUCCGUAUGAACGAUCGGUGAGCGCCCCCUACCACUGUAUAUUCCCGAUCUUAACCGACAGGGCAACGGGUUCUUUCAGUGGUUAGAGGCGUGGACUUCUAACUAACAGGUCGCGAGUUCCAGCAUCGGGUGUUUCACACUUCGGGGUUGUGUAUGACUGGCUAAUGGCGGCUAAUAAGCCAGAAAUGGCCACUCCAGUCUCCCUUGUCUUUCUCGGUAAUGCCAUUCUGAAUAUAUAUAUUUUUUGAAAUCGAAUACGUUCUUUGGGAAAGAGAGAAAACUUUAUUAAGUAAAUUUUCGACGUCGGUUCCCCGUUUCGUCGUCUGACUAAAGUAAAUGUGCAGAAAACAAUUAAAAUUUCAAGCGUGCUACAAAAUAAAUACUCAUUUGGUGCCUCGGCCAGUAAGCCGCCGUCGUAUGUGUCAGUCCGUAUUGAUUGGCUUUCGUCUCUUCCACUUUUCUCUGAGAUUCUCGUACGUGGCAGCUAACUUGAUAUGCCUGUUGAUGCAUGACUCAUCGGAGUGCAUGGCUUCAAGAAACUCUCGGCCACGUACAAAAAUCUGAGAGAAAAGUGGAAGAGACGAAAGCCGAUCAGUACGGACUGACACAUACGACGGCAGCCUACUGGCUGAGACACCAAAUGAGUAUUCAUUUUGUAGCACGCUUGAAAUUUUAAUUGUUUUCUAGUCUGACGACGACACGGGGAACCGACGUCGAAAAUUUACUCAAUAGUUUUCUCUCUUUCCCAAAGAACGUAUUUGAUUUCAAGUUAUAUUUCUUGUGAUGUCUGCGUUCCAAUAUAUAUACAUAUAGGGCUCGAGAGAGAGCACUUAAGGCACAACGGAACGAGUGAGUUCCGUAUGAACGAUGGGUGAGCGCCCCCUACCAUUGUAUAUUCCCGAUCGAAAACCGACAGGUCAACGGGCUCGUGGCCCGGUGGGUAGAGGCGUGGACUUUUAAACCAACAGGUCGCGAGUUCGAGGCUCGGGUGUUCCACACUUCGGGCUUGGGUGUGGCUGGCUGACGACGGCUAAUAAGCCAGAAAUGACCAAGGAUUUUGUGCGUCGAUGCAUGAGACAGAAAGAGUCAAAGGAAAGGGAACAAAGAACCUCCAGUCAGACACCGAAGCCAAAUACAUGGCGAAUCCUCCCUUACAUCAAAAACGUGUCUGAACUUGUGGAAAGGCACCUAAAGAGACACCAGAUUCGGGUGGCACACAGACCGACGACUACACUACGUACUCAGAUAGUACACCCUAAGGGUAGGGUCGACUAUUUGGAUAGAAAGCAAGUCGUCUACAAGAUCCCAUGUGAGGCCUGUGAUGCAGUUUAUUGUGGUCAAACAGGAAAAUCCGCUUCUAUACGCAUUUACGAACACCAACUUGCAGUAAAGAGGCGAGACCACCUGUCUCAAGUAGCCAUGCAUAGCAUAGACACCGGGCAUACGUUUGCUUGGGACAGAACACGAAUUGUCGGUACCUGCCCCUUCAAGAAAGGCCGAGAGUUCCUUGAGGCCAUGCACUCAGGUGAAUCGUGCAUUAACCGUCACAUCGAGUUGGACGCCGCGUACAAAAGUCUUAAGGAAAAUGGAAGAGACGAAAGCCAAUCGGGACGGAAUGACGCAAAUAGUGGCCGCUUACGCGCGCAAACGCGAACGAUUAUCGAUUUUUUCAUGUGCACUGCCAGAUGUUAACUGUUUUCGGCACAUUUACUUUCAGUCUGCGUCUGACGACGACCUGGGGAACGGGCGUCGAAAAUUCGCGCAAUAAAGUACCUUUUCCCAAAGAACGCCUCUGCCUUCAACAUAUAUAUAUAGGCAGAAUAGUAUUACCGACAAAGACAAGGGAGACUGGAAUGGCCAUUUCUGGCUUAUUAGCCGUCGUCAGCCAGCCAUACCCAAGCCCGAAGUGUGGAACACCCGAGCCUCGAACUCGCGACCUGUUGGUUUAGAAGUCAACGCCUCUACUCACCGGGCCACGAGCCCGUUGCCUUGUCGGUUUUCGAUCGGGAAUAUACAAUGUUAGGGGGCGCUCACCGAACAUCAUAUAUAUAUAUAUAUGGUAAAGGUAUUAUACCGUACUCCCGACCUAGAUACUUGCUAAAAGCCCAGACACGUGUUUCGCCGAUAUUCUGCCGCUGCGUGACACAGCUGCGAGGGGUUCGGCUCUUCAGUGGGACCCCCAGCGUUCUCUAGCGGUUUCNCCGAGCCUCGAACUCGCGACCUGUUGGUUUAGAAGUCAACGCCUCUACUCACCGGGCCACGAGCCCGUUGCCUUGUCGGUUUUCGAUCGGGAAUAUACAAUGUUAGGGGGCGCUCACCGAUCGUUCAUACGGAACUCACUCGUUCCGUUGUGCCUUAUGGACUCUCUCUCUCGAGCCCAACCAGCAGCCGCACAGCGGCGCAUGAUAUAUAGGCAGAAUAGUAUUACCGACAAAGACAAGGGAGACUGGAAUGGCCAUUUCUGGCUUAUUAGCCGUCGUCAGCCAGCCAUACCCAAGCCCGAAGUGUGGAACACCCGAGCCUCGAACUCGCGACCUGUUGGUUUAGAAGUCAACGCCUCUACUCACCGGGCCACGAGCCCGUUGCCUUGUCGGUUUUCGAUCGGGAAUAUACAAUGUUAGGGGGCGCUCACCGAUCGUUCAUACGGAACUCACUCGUUCCGUUGUGCCUUAUGGACUCUCUCUCUCGAGCCCAACCAGCAGCCGCACAGCGGCGCAUGAUAUAUAGGCAGAAUAGUAUUACCGACAAAGACAAGGGAGACUGGAAUGGCCAUUUCUGGCUUAUUAGCCGUCGUCAGCCAGCCAUACAAUAUAUAUAUAUAUAUAUAUAUAUAUAAUGUUAGGGGGCGCGGGCUCGUGGCCUGGUGAAUAGAGGCGUUGACUUCAAAACCAACAGGUCGCGUGUUCGAGGCUAGGGUGUUCCACGCUUCGGGCUUGGGUAUGGCUGGCUGACGACGGCUAAUAAGUCUGAAAUGGCCAUUGCAGUCUCCCUUGUCUUUGUCGGUAAUAUCAUUCUGCCUAUAUAUAUAUAUAUAUAUAUAUAUAUAUAUAUAUACAUAUAUCAGGAAUGGGCGCACACCGAUCUAUUGGCUUCACAAAGCGAACAAGCUCCGUAUGUGUGGCAAAGGUCACGAGCAGGCAACCAAUUACCAGGCCGAAGUCGGCCAAGUCAUAAUAGCAGCGAAGAGGGACGACAGAGAAUGCGGGUAGAUUGAUACAGCACUGUUUCGGGCUUAUUCUGCCUUCAUUCAGCCAAUCAUAACCCUGACCACCAGCAGCUGAGACCAGAAACACAAACAUGCGCAAAGACGCACCUAUAUAUAUAUAUAUAUAUCCCGUUCAUCAUCCCCAAAAGAAGACGAAGAAGAAAAAGAGGCGAUGCCAUGGACCACACUGUAUUGGUGCUGACGUUUCGGAAACAUCCUCGUUUCCAUCAUCAGAGUAGUGGUAGGGUGUUUGUUCCUGCUAGCUCAGAGUUGUUCUGUCUCGCCGCCUGUCUCGUGUUAUAGGCAUGCCUGCUACACGAACUCUGACCUGCCUGCUGGCGGGGGAUUGGCUUAGGUCUCUCCGUGGCCGACCGCUGGGGCGCUGGUGUGACCUCUGCCCCCUGCCCGGCCGCUGUUGUCGCUGCUAGGUCCGUGUGCCCUUGGGCCCUCCCCCCAUAAUUUGACGGGCUGAUCAGCUGCCGUUGCAUGUGGGAAUCGGGGUCGGCUGUUUGGGCGCGUCGGUGGGUCGAUAUCUCGCGUCGGUCGUCUGACGCCCGGCUGGCUCUCUCCCCCUGCUGGGAAGGUGACAACUGUUGAAAGAGCCGCGAUUUGUUCGCCAGUGCUGUCGGCCCCGUCCGAGCUGACUGGAGCCUCGUACGAAGGGCCUGGUAGGCCGGAUGAAGAUCAAUGGCUCUGUUGAUUGUAUCAACUGAGGACCAACUUUCGAGAACCAGUCUGGCCAUCUUGUCGCUCGCUCGGCCGAUGACGCUCGCCUCCCCAAAGGCGAAACUGUGCUUCUCCUGUUGUAUGUGGCCAUAUACCAGUGACAGCUUAUCCUCGCGGUUGACUGCAAGCUGGUGCUCGUGCAAUCUUGUGCAGAGGCGUUUGCCCGUUUCACCAACAUACCUUGCACCGCAAUCUUGGCAAGGUAUGCUGUAGACCACUGCUGAUUGUUCCGUUGCAGGUAGCUGGUCUUUGGGCCUCAUUAUCUGCUGCCUGAUGGUGGAUUCUUCUUUUGGGGAUGAUGAACGGAAUAAUCUAUCUGGACCUCGAAUCUUCACUCAUGUUGAUAUAUAUAUAUAUAUAUAUAUAUAUAUAUAUAUAAUGGUAGGGGGCGCUCACCGAUCGUUCAUACGGAACUCACUCGUUCCGUUGUGCCUUAUGGACUCUCUCUCUCGAGCCCAACCAGCAGCCGCACAGCGGCGCAUGAUAUACAGGCAGAAUAGCAUUACCGACAAAGACAAGGGAGACUGGAAUGGCCAUUUCUGGCUUAUUAGCCGUCGUCGGUAAUGCUAUUCUGCCUGUAUAUCAUGCGCCGCUGUGCGGCUGCUGGUUGGGCUCGAGAGAGAGAGUCCAUAAGGCACAACGGAACGAGUGAGUUCCGUAUGAACGAUCGGUGAGCGCCCCCUACCAUUGUAUAUUCCCGAUCGAAAACCGACAAGGCAACGGGCUCGUGGCCCGGUGAGUAGAGGCGUUGACUUCUAAACCAACAGGUCGCGAGUUCGAGGCUCGGGUGUUCCACACUUCGGGCUUGGGUAUGGCUGGCUGACGACGGCUAAUAAGCCAGAAAUGGCCAUUCCAGUCUCCCUUGUCUUUGUCGGUAAUGCUAUUCUGCCUAUAUAUAUAUAUAUAUAUGUAUAUGAGAUGGAGCCGACAAAGACAAGGGAGACCGGAAUGGCCAUUUCUGGCUUAUUAGCCGUCAUCAGCCAGUCAUACCCAAGGCACAACGGAACGAGCAUGUUCCGUAACCUGAUCGGCGAGCGCCCACUGUCAUGUAUAUAUAUAUAUAUAUAUAUAUAUAUAUAUAUAUAUAUAUUCAAUCAGGAAUCGGCGCACGCCGCUCUUUUGGCUUUCCGAAGUAAGCAAUCUCCGUAUGGAUGCCAAAGGUCAUGAACGUCCAACCAACUAUUUGGCCGUGGUCGGCCAAGUCAUAAUAGCAGCAAGGAGGGUGAACAGUACUGGGCCGGGCUUAUUUUGCAUUUAUGUUUAUGGGGGCGAGGAGGAUGUAUGUACAUGUAUAUACGAGCGCCUUGAAUCUACUAGUGCGCUUUCUCGCUUCCUUUUCAGGUGUGGUGGAAACUCGCUUACGAGAGCACUCGUCGUUGCAACGAAGCUACCUCACCCACUAGCCUAGCUGGAAAUCUCUUCAUGCUGGCCAACCUCAUCUCGGGCUCGUCGACGCGCGACCUGACCUCUACUGCCGCGGACAAACCCGAACUGCCUUGUUUUGCUGUACGCAUUGCUGCCUACCUAACCUCUGAGGAGUUGCUCUGCUGUGCGGCCUUUGCCAACAAAGCCGGCCUCCUGGAGUGUGCCAACGCCCUUUGCACUCUGGUGGAGGAGAUGACUUCACGUUUUCUCGCCGCCAAAGAAGCAGCUUUGAAGGGACAGAGUGAGGAGGGCCCGCCAGCGCCAGACGUCACAGCCAUGGAUAAUUUGACCCUCCCAUUGAAGGGCAACUGGGACACCAUCUGCAUUCAGGUACUUCUGUACACUUGAAGACACUGAAUAACCCGACUCACUUUUAUCCUAUGCCGUCGUCCACUUGGAUUGGAAUUAUUUCAGUUCUUCCCUGUGGCCUUAAUAAGAGUUUGAGAAGGCGAUUACGGCUCCGCACACGAACGGCGAAGGACACACAUAUUCCUCUUAGGGUGGUAAUAAUGCCAUCAGAACCCAUGUGCUUUGGGGACGCUAGUACGCGUUCAUACUUUAUCAAGUUCUGUGAAUGACUGACGUUACUGCUUAGCCCUCACUUAUUACCAUCCUUGAUUGGAUCCGCGUAGGCUGUUUCGCCCUGCUAUCCGUCGUGCUCCUGGUCAGAUAAGUAAUGUUUGCUGUCACCGUGAAUUCAUUCAAUUGCAACUUCUAAGGUAUUUGUUUAUGUCUAGGAUUGAAUCCACCAGACGCAAAUUCAGCCACGCAUCUAAGCCACUUUAUGAAUCAGCACUCAUCAUUUCGUGCGGACACUUUAGAUCUAGAAGACGAGUGCGUAGGUGUAUUGAAAAUGACAUUCUCACUGAUCGUCGUAUAUGAAAAUUUCCUUCCAUAGGAUUUAUUGGCCAACAAGCCCAGCCGAUAGUUUUGCUAACACAUAUGAUUUAUGAAUGGACAACUCGAUUAAAGUAAUUUGGUCGAAUUAAUUUGUUAAAAACACGAUUUGGAAGCAAUCGUUAGCGAUUCAGGUCAUCAUUUUGACUGCAGUCUAGAGUAAGCACCAACGAACAGGCCCUUUAUAAAAUAAUCCUGGUAGGUCGCUCCCUCUUAUUACCCAUGAGCACUUGUCAGGAACUUACGCCAGUCUAAAAACUAGGCGGAAAUUCGAGGGAGGCUUGAGAGAUUAUUCCUGGUUUAGCUGCCGUCGUUGAGCCUUGCACCCAUCACCUGCGAUCGAGAACAUUCAAAGGCACAGGAAAAUGGCAUUUAUAAAUUUGAUCUAGUCGCAGAACUGAAUACAGGCUUUCCGUUUUGUCAGUCGUUGCAUGGCUGUUGGGUCGAGAUUUUUGCCCUAAGUCGUUGACUAGUGCUGUGCUGGGUAACGAUUACUCCCCAAUAUGUCUAUUCGAACGAAAGGAGCCUACAUGGCUAUGGUUGUAGGUAUAAAUCCUGCGGCAGCGGGAUUUCAAGUCAUUUCCCACGUGGUCACAUGCAAACUUUUGACUGUGCGCCUUUCACAAUCGUAAUCUAUUUCAAGGCUUUCAUUAUUUUUUUUACUUGCAAGAAACAAUUCCGAAAAGUACAGUUAGCAAUUGGGAGGAAAAUUGAUACUGAACUGUUUUUCCAGGACGUUCUAACGCACAGGCAAGCAACUGGUGCCAUCAGCUGAUCAGUCUCCUAUGUAAACAGUCCGUAGGGACAAUAUCCAGCACUUGCAAGUUUUCAGUGUUUGUCGACGUAUGCCGUGCUAUUCCACACCGUGGGUAUGUUCAAGAGGUGUCCGGAUACUCACCUGUCAAAGAUCGGCCAGCACUCCCCUAUUCCUUCUAACAAGACACGGUUUCAACUGUAAGCGUACUAAUAAUUGGAUCUUCAUAACUAAUUUUGUUAACAUGAACUUAAUGAUUGAUUGGUGACAAAAAUGAAUCCUUAUACUCAGCCUCAUCCAGUUUUCGGAAAUCUUACUGCGCCAAGACUGGAGCUUCGUAGCUUGAUUUUAUCACUGCAAUACUCCUAAAGUUUUGUCUCCCAGUAAGUCCAUUUAGGUUCUACAACCAGGGCUCCCGGAAACGCAAGCUCGAGGAGGGCUGUUAUAAACAUCCGUCAAUCUAUCAUGACAGCGUUCCCAAUUUAACUAUCUUACAUCAGUGAACGACUAUUUACGACAGCAAAUUUCAAAUAAAUCGACAAGAUACAUGCCGCGCUGACUGCUUUCUCUCUCUUUGCCUGCAUCUAGCUCGUCGACGAGGUCUUCUUCCUGCUGAUGUCAAUCAGUGCGAAUUGGAAUCCCGAAACCGAACGAACGGAGUUUGCUGUGGCCUUCAAUGAGCAGGUGGGACGCCUGCUCUGUGUCCUUGCGCGCAGUGUUGAUGCCCUUUGCAGCAGAGCAGGCACCAGUGCAAGGAAGUGUGAAUGCCAUCACGAAGACGACAAUACACCAGAAGGCAAGGAAGAACAACUUAUCGCUGCGGCCAGACGUAGGGGUCAGAUCCUUGAGAAGCUUUAUGCAAGGGAGCUGCCGAAGGUAGAUACGACUUUCGAAAAUAAACCCUUUCUACUUAUUGAAAAAGUUAAAUGCGACAUCUCGAGCCGUUACCUUCGACAAGAGCCUUGGCAGUUUAGUGUUUCGGGUGUGUCAUGAAGUGAGGUUGCUCAAGAUCUUUAAGCUAGCCUGCAUUUUCUGGUCUCUGACGCCACUUGCAAGAUGCUUGGCUGAACAAUCGUGUUUCGAGGGACGUAUUCAUUGAACAUUUGUACUAUAUCACAGUAGUUGUUCGGACAUUCCCCAUGUACUUGAUACUCUUAUACUUGAAGACGAAGACAGGCUCUCCGGAAGAGGUUUAUUUAAGUGCUGACGUUUCAAAGAGCUGGGUCGGCUCUUCAUUGUCAAAGCGUAAAAUGCACUUAAUCGAUCAGAAAUUUAAUUUAAAGUGGCAGUCAUGUUGGCCGGCCUCAUGCUGAUCGAUUUUUCCCUCCUCUCGCUGCCUCGGCCUCUCGGGACAUGGUUGACGGGCGUUUUGCCUGUGUGCUUUGUGAGUCACCACUCCGUCGGGCGGUUGGUCUGGCGCUUCUUCUUCUUCCUCACCGAGUAGAUUCAGCGUCGGGCUAUCUCCGUGCGACCUUCUUAAGUCCGGUGUGGUUGUUUGGUCCUGAGCUUUGCGAUUGUGAUGACGUAGGACUUUGUAAGCUGCAGGAAGGUCCAGAUGCCUGUUGAUAGAGUGGGCAUCGGAGAACCACGCCUCGAGAGUUAGCCGUUCUGUUUUUGUGUUGCCUCGGCCUAAGAUGGUAGCCCUCUGGAGGUCAAAAGUAUGCCCCGUUUCUCCAACGUGUGUUGCUAGUUGAGAGUUAGGGUCUCACCUCCGAGUGGCUACAAGAUACCAUACUAGCAGCACAGGUACUAGCAAAAAGCCCAGACACGUGUUUCGCCGAUAUUCUGCCGCUGCAUGGCACAGCUGCAGUUAAUGAAUAUUACGCGGUUAUUCCGCUGUGGCUGAUGGACUUCGGCCCAAAUAUUCAUACAUCAACAUUUCCUAGAUUCUAACACAUAAUCGCGCUUGUAGUUAUAUAUUCAAAAUAACAGACAUCCUAUUUAUUUAUUGUGGAUGUAGGAUACCAUACUGGCUUUUAACUAGUACCUAUGCAGUCAGUAUGGCAUCCUAUACCCCCAAUAUAUACUAGUUGCACGUUGGCUGAUUUAUGGAUAUUACGCGGUUAUUCCGCUGUGGCUGAUGGACUUCGGCCCAAAUAUUUAUGCAUUAAAUUUCGGUCUGCACCUAUAGAUCUUAGGAUAAACUGAUCUACUCCAAGUUCGCAGUUCAUUUACGAGGAAAUUAAAAUGCAACAAUUGUCUGGUACCGUUUGACGAGACUCAAAGCACACGGACACGUGUUUUUGGGAGGGAGGGAGGGAUCAGAGAAAGAGGAGAGUUAUGCGAAAAUUGUAGUGCGCCGUUGAGUGUCGGGAAAACGCGGUAUUGAGUGGGAAAAGUGCCGAAAAAUUGCGGUCACUAUCAAACACUUGAAACAGCACGCAAUAAUGUCUUUUUUUUGAAGUAGGCCACAAAACACGAGUCAGAGAAGGCUUGACCCCGGGAAGGAUUAGUUACUGCGCUUGAUUGUUUUGAUUUUACACAUAUAGGUCUUCCUUGCCUCGUUGCCUGCAGCUCUCCGCCGAGCCUGAACCGCGCUACUUUUCAAGUUAUUGACGCACUUGAGGCAGGGGGUCACGGUACGAUGCAUGACUUGUCAGAGCGCUACAACGUCACCAGUCCUUCAAACAAAAGACAGUUGUUCAUUUUUUUGUCAUUGUUCAUUGUUGCACAAGACUGGCUUUAAGGUAGACGCAGCUUCGAGACCGCAUAUCAAGCUCAGAAAAUUCUGCUCCAACAUAUUUACUUCGCAUUUAUCCGUUUUCGCAUGCUGUCUACAGUUGUGACGCGGACUGCAUGGCAAUGUAGAGGACACCCAGGAAAGGAUGCACCUCUCAUAGCUUAGUCAAACAACAGUGGCAAUUUGACGUUUCCCAGUCAUCGCCUACUUUUUCCAUCUAUGAUCACGUCAUAAACGACAUCGCGGGUGUAAGCUGAAGCCGUAAUAACACUAACCUUCGCUUCUCACUACCGUUACUUUGUGCAGGGGGUUCCGAGUCCGAAUUGCUUGUACGUACUUCAUGAGUUUGUGGUGAGUAUGCAAUGUCUACUACUUAAGUGUAAGUAGAAAUGUUAUUUAACUGUUACGAUCCAUGUCGAUUUAUCAUUUUUCACACAGGUGCUCAAACGUCUGGACGAAGAUCGCGUAGCUCGAGGCGGCUGGUAUCCUCGGUCUCCAGGUCUAGCCAUCUUCACACAUACCGUCCUUGCAGCCGGACCCGCCCUGCUCGCUGGUCUGGAACCACCUUGCAAGUGUUGUAAGCCGCUCAUCAGCGACGAGCUGCCCGAGAACUCCCUGCUCCCGACUCUUCAGCUGUUGGAACAGGGCUGCAAGUUGAACCAACCUCUGACUACCAAGGGCAGUGGUGAGGAAAAACCGCACCCCAUGUCCAUUGCUUCGGAAGCCGAGCUACAUCUCCGUGGUCUCCUCCUACUCGUUAGACUCACCGAACACGCCCGUGUUAGGGUGAGCCACUGGGAAUUUCCUCCACUUCUUACUUCACGAUGCAGACGAAAAUUGCCCGUUUGAUAUUUAUAACAGUCUUGAUUCACUUUCCUAGUUGGUGGGAACAAGUGCUUAACUCGGAAAGGGUUUUUUCUUUAAAAAAUCUCAUUUGCAUCUUCGCGGUUCCGUACACAUUAGACAAAAACCUCGCACUCACUCUUUUCGAACACUAAUUUUCUUGGAGAAUCAGUCUUCCGCUGGAAUGGGUAUAUUCACGGUCUGACGUUGUAAGCCAACUGCCAUCCGAGGCUGGGACGUUAUAAGCCUGCCUGGUUUAACGACCACUGUGAAGGACCCGUAGAUCACUAGUACCAGUAUCAACCCGCCUAUUUCCUCCGAUGCAAACCUACCUAACCUACCUACCGAACGGUGUCAAACUCGCGGCCGACGGACAGGUUGGCAUGCACGACUCGCAAGUUGUGCCAGAUGCUCACAUCAGAUGCUACCUGGUCUAGUAAGUUGCUCGAAGCGUCAGACUGCAGGUCAGGUUGUCUUGAUAAAUUGUCUCGUGAUAUGGCACCCGGGAAUACCGAUUUCACCACAUUCGUCACCUUUUAGUUGUCCAGCAGGAUCUUCCAAAAUUCCCACUGCAGUCGCACUGAUUGAUAGAGCAAACUUACUAAGCAGUCGAGGCGUUGGUUUUGCUUCUUUUCGAGAUGGAAUCGCUCGGGUUGGUCCUCUGGCAGCCCUAAAUUGUGACUCGCUAAUGAUUACAUAAAAUCUGGAAACGACCGCGAGGACCCUUACUAUAUUUAAGUGCACUUUCCGCAUUUUCGAUUACUCUCCCCACUUUGAAACCGCCCGUCAUGCUGUGUCAUGGUCUAAUUUGUGUAGUCUGUGUCGAAGCACUCUGCCUCACAUCUAAAACCAUUCACCGGGCACCACUAUCAUCACUUGUCUUUGCUGUCUUUGUACCUUUCAACGUAUCCACUUUUUAGUUACUACUGACACAACCGAAGUUGUUCCGCUACUGCCUGAACAGCCUCAUUCUUCCCUCGCUUGUUUGGCGUGGCGGCCGGACAGCCGAGGCGAUGCGCAAAGCUGCUGGCACGAGUCUGGUGGCUCUGCUGGCUGCCGUUGUGCCACUGAGCAACCCCUCACUCAGACCGCAACGAGCCGUCAGUCUUUAUCCGCCACCAGAGGCUGUGAACAAGGAGGAGGAGAUUCUGGACAACUGGCUCGACAAGAAAUUAGAACCCACUAAGAACACAAUUUCUGACAUUAUGGGCAAGAACGGUAAGGUCUGGGUAUGUGUGUAUGCAUGUAUGUAUGUAACCAAACACAUUUAAAGAAGAGGAGGUCGUUCACCAGGAGGGGUUUAAUGGGGAUCUGACGUUUCGAGUAGUUACUUCGCCUACCCAUCUUCGGAGGCUAAAAAGUCACGCACACAACCCUCAUUAUAUGAUGCACUUCGUUUGGUGCGUAGCCCGCCAACGCCGCCUGUGUGGCUGCAUCUGACCCACAUUUCACCAUGACCUGUGUGUCGCCACCGCUCUCGUUGACCGCACAGAUGAUUGGCGGCCCCGAUUGUUCCGCGCCGUGGCUGUCCUCCAUCAAGAAUGUUUGUACAACCAGAAAGAGGGGGGAGGCAAAGGGGGAGAGGGGGGAGGGGGAGUUUGACAGGGCAUUUGGUGGACAUUCAGGCUUCUUGCACCUGCCUUGCUGUAUAAUCGUCGCCUCCACCUACGAUCUCAACGGCCUCAAGGUUGAUGGUGUGUCCCCAUUUACGCGGCAUGGAUUGCUACCUUCGACUUUCGGUUCAACCUUCGCACGACCCACUGAUGUUCGUGCGUUUGAGUUUGUAGUUAGGUCAGUAGGUCAGUAUAGGUCAGUAUAUUUUAAGAGUAAUAGGCAAUGCCUUUGAAAACCCUAUUGUAAACGGUACAUGCAAUAUCUCACUAUAAAUAAACAUGGUACUGAAAUUUUGUCAGUAAUAUACACAUUUAACAGAAUAUUUUCCGUGGAAAUGUAGAACCAAAACUUUUGAACAUUCAGUUGUAGAUGAUUUCAGUAAGAUGUUAUGACAGUCAUCCGCAUUAGGGGUAUGAGUAUGCAAGGCGUUGGUUUAGCACCACAGAGCUGUUCUGUUCAGACAAGCGAUAGUGUCCAAGCAAAUAUGCAUCGAGUCUUUGCUUGAACGUCUCCGUGGUAUCCGCCAUUAUUACGUCCUCGGGAAGCCCGCUCCAGGCACCGACGACUCGCUGUGAAAAACAGUAUUUGCGAACGUCCAGGCGGCAUUGGGAUCCUCUAAGUUUUAGAGAGUUCCCACGCAGGUUUGUUGUUGUGGUCAGGGUGAAGAAAUCGUCGGGGUUUAGGGCACAUUCCCGGUUCCUCAAUAUCCGAUAGGCCUGUAUGAGAUCUCCUCGAACCUGCCUGUACUCAAGAGGAAAAAGUUUAAGUUCCCUAAGUCGGCAGUCGUAAGGUAAAGUCCUGAGGCCUUUUACAAUUUUUGUUGCUCUCCUCUGAACUCUUUCUAGCAACUUAUUGUCUUUUUUAGCCACGGGCGCCACGCCUAGAUUCCAUAUUCCAGAUGCGAGCGAAUGAACGCUCCGUAUAAUUUUCCAAAUAACUCUUUGUCUAUGUCCACGAAAGAUCGUUUAAUGGCAAAGAGAACACUAGUUGCUCUUUUGGACGCCCUAAGACACUGAGAUGAAGGCUUAAGGGUCGACAGAAUGUUAACCCCAAGAUCUUUUUGUUCUGUUACAUUUGAAAGGCACCUUCCACCAAGUUGGUAAUGGUGAUCCUCUCCGUCAGAUCUUCCAGUCGUUUUGAGUCGCAGCGCGACGCACUUCUCUAGGUUGUCGGUUGGUUUCCCCAACGUAGCAGCCAUAAUUGUGACUGAGCAUUCUGUACGUGACGGCGGUACCCGAGGCCGUUGCUAGCUUCCUCGCGCCGUUCGGAAAGGAAGUUGCUCAUAGGGCUGACUCAGCAACCCGACGGAAGGUGAUGCGGCCAAACGACCCAAUCCCUAAGUACGAGAUGUCGACCGUUAUCUACCAGCUGCAGUGUAACUGCGAGAUGUGCAACUACGUUCGGAAAGCCGACCGACGACUAAAAACGCAAAUGAGCCGUGCUCGUUAUAGCAAGAGCUUCAUUCGCUUGAUGUUUCGGAUUCACACUCGAAUCCAUUAUCAGAGGUAGAAUCAGAUAUGGGUAGUAAGUUGCACAGGUGUUGCAGUAUCUAUGGGGUGCCGUUGCUAUGCCACAGUAUGUUUUUCAAGAUUGGCAGCGCUCAUAUUCAUCGCAGAUAGUUACACGUGGCCUCUCUAGUCCCUAUCCUUGUCUGUACAUUUUUCAUUUUCUCGAAAUCCUUCCACGAACUUCCCCUAGGUUUCUUUAGAUUGCUCGUUCGUCUCAGGACUUAAUAUGCCAAUAAGUGUUAUGAAGAGUGCAAGCAGCGUAGAGCCACGGCCUAAGGCGCUAAACAGGGGACCAAGCCGGCGACGUGAGUCACGCGACCGGCCGGCGCGCACUGCAGCGCCGAGGACGCGUGGUGGCUUUGCUCAUGUGUGCGGCUCAAUCAAUGGCCGGUCGAACAUUCCAGACGUUUCCGCGGGGGGGGGGAGGCUAUCGCGCACGCGGUGGCCAAUCAGCGACCAGCACGCUCGGGGCAGGAACAUUCUAGAACGCCCUCAACGGCUGGCACGUCAUUGGACGGAAUCUUCCAGAACGCACAGGAGCCAAUAUAAAUAGCACACUUUUCUUACGAGUUGGAACCCCCUCCUGUCCGCAAGUUCCAAUAAAGUGCUUGUCCUCCGAACCGGUUCUCUUCCUGUCCUACCUUCCUUCCCACCGAGACAUCUUGAACUUGCUUUCGAUAUUCCAGCUGCCACGAAAGAUGAGCCUUGUUCUUAGACCCGGAAAAACUAAAGUCAACUCGGGCAUUACUCCGAUGGCAGCGUAUUCAAGCUUGUGCUUGGUCGAGUAUCAGAACGGGAUGAUGCAGGUGUGAAGUGAAAUUCAGGAUGACUUCAGUCGACUUAUUCUCCUGCUUUGUUGUUUACAUAAGUCUAAUUCAAUCCACUUCCUUGUCACCGUCGCACUAUGUGCUCUUAUUGUUGCCUAGCUGCAUGUUGAUACUGAAAGAGAGCAUCUCCUGUGCUUCCCUUACAGUUCUGAUUUUUAGAGAUUGCUAAAUCAUCUUCCCUCGGGAUUGACGAUGAGCCUAUCCUGUAAACUGUGACUGAGAGCCUAAAGCUGCCUGUUACGUCUGCUCCCGUACGUCGCGAGCUCACCCACAAGACUGCGGGACUCGCCCCUGCCAGAAUCCUGGCUUAGUUAUAAUGUAACUAAAUUAGCAUUCUAAGUCUGAUUAUUCCUUCCUCAUCAACCUACUUGUUCUCCGAACCCUACUCCAGAAACUUGUCUUGUUUAUGGCUCAUGGGCCUACUUAUCGUCCUUAAGCCCAUUUUGUUAAAUUGUUUUUUCUUCGCGUGCAUUUCGACUUGUAACAGGUCAAAGCACUCUUCUGAAGUUUAUUUAGGGGUUUCCUAGGUUACAGAACCCACCGAUUGGCUAUUCAACUGCAUCAUAUUAUUAAUGUUUUUCGGAUAUACAGGCCUUUUGAGUCGACGGAUUCGAUUGGUUGAGGUAAAGACCGAUGACAAACUGCCAAAUCUCGGUCUCGUCAGCGCGGCCUCGCCAAAGCUUAUGAGCCAUCUGCUCGCACGCCUAGGCAGUAUGCUCACAGACGAUCUAGAGGCCACUCGUCUCCUCGCCUGCACCGGUCUGACCCUCUUCUUCGGCGGCAUCUUCGCUGGCGGUGGAGUGCAUGUCGCCGACACGGCUCCGCCUGUCACUAAGGGCCCGCCAGCACCACAAACCUUUAUUCGUUCACCCGCCUGGUUCCUUCCUCUCGCCGCUGAGACGGACAAGCAGGAGGUUGACAUAAGUGGCUAUGGGGAUAAGAUGCCAGGUCUUAGCACCCCUCUGCCCGGAUCCAUUGGAGAUCAAGUCUACAGGUUUUAUCCCUGCCUUGUGAAGGCACUUGAUGAUGUAUCGGAUGAGGUAAGUAUGAACAUGUAUUUGUCACUGUGUCAAUGACAGGAUUUUGUUUACCAGGAGAGGGAGAACUCAGGAAUGGAGGCGAGAGUUUGAGUUUCAGGUGUAUUCAUAAGCAAAGAAGAAGACUGGUUGAGCACCGGUUCAGUUCCAUGUCAAACAUUAAGGAGAUUUCAGAAGCGACAGGGCUCACUGCUGUAUAACAAGGUGUUGGAAUUGCCCUCCGGUCCAAAGCCGCCAUGCACAGAAGAGUCAUGAAAACGGAAUCCUGGGGAGCAAUCUGAAGUAGUGAAUCGCAUUCCGUGCCAAAACUGUCCUUGUAAUUACACAGGUCAGACUGGAUGCCUUUCGCACUGUGCAUACACGGACAUAAGCUGGCUGUGCGACGGGACGACAAAUUAUCGCAAGUAGCCGUCCACACCUACAAAAUGGGUCUUGAAUGGAACUUCGAAGUCGCCAAGAUAAUCGUCCACAGUGGGACCAAAACAGGCCGAGUAUUGGCUGAGGUCUGGGCCUCGGAUGCGAACUCAGUAAACCAAUUUGCCGACCUGACGUCGGCAUACAGAGCCAUGCGUAGUCACCUCCGGUUUGGCUUCAUCGAUCAAUGAUUGACUAGCUCCCCAUAUAAUUGACAUUGGUUAUGUAAUUGCCAUCUCUCUCUCGCAUGAAUUCUGAAGCUCAGAACUAUAAACUAAGGGUUCCGGUGCUCAACCAGUCUUCUUUACUUAGAGAGAAGACUGUUGUUUCGCGGUUUUCCAAAGGCAUGCUGCAUUUCAGUAAAUGCAACUCAAGAUUCCACUUCUUUUUAUCCGCCUAGUUGGUCCUUUCCAUGCGUUGAUCGAUGUUCAAGGUUCACCAUGUCUGGUUCAGUCGUUCCCAACAACGCCAGACCUUACGAUAUACCUGAGAUGCUCAUUUUGCUUACCUGCAUUACCCAAGAUUGCUAAUUACCAAAGGGCGUUCUUGGUCUACCCUCUUACGCCUUUGAAAUGUAGGUCCGUUUACGCGUGGCCGACGUGUUUGUUACCUGGUUCUGGGUAGUUGCACCGAACCUCCUUUCGGUACCGCCCCCAGUACCCAAGUCGGAGCAUACUCCCGUUCCGCCGCCGGAGGAGUGGACCAAAGUGAAUCCCGCCUUCGUGGGUGUGCUGGAGGAUCUCUUAUCCAGCGUGGUCAUCCAUCUGGACGACUCGGACAGCCUCAUACGCACCGCCGUGGCCCGCAUUGUGCUGCGCAUUUCCCGCGUGGACGCGGACACCGUGCGCAAGGUGCUUCUGAAAGCCAAGGAUUGCCACCGCUCACCUCAACUCUGUGAGAGCCUUCUUGAGACUCUUAACUGGGAGUUGAAGUGA